AUGAGACUUUUGCAGCCUCACACAGUGGUUUACUGCGCACAGACCUGAUCCUGGAGGACUAACCUGCAGGGACACACGAGAGGACAACCACCGACCAAGAGAUGGUAAUUUUAACACCAAUAAUCACUGUGGUAAUAGAUGGGCACUGUCAGUAUGCAGGAAUCUUUAUGUAGCUGUGUUACCUGACAGGACGGUCACACGAGCAGUUUAGCGUCCAUGUCGACUCUUCAACUGAGACACACAACAUUAAUAGACACAAGCUAAAUCAAGCCACGGCUAAAUUUGAGCUAAUGAGCUUUUAAUUCUAUUCUUAACUAAAAUUAGCAGCAGCACCGACAUUUCUACACGCCAUUUUGUACGCCUAGUAAUACUUUUGUCGAGAAAAUGUCAAAUAUUUAUCUUAAAUGUGGCAGCAUGUUGCUGUUAUGAGAGGCAUUAGUAUCAGAUCUAGUGCCCUAUUGGAAUAAAUGCGCGAAACACAGAUUAAUGUCAUGCAAUAAUGAGACAGGCUGCAAAUCUAAAGAGGAAACUUAUUAUGUAAAGAUUUGGGCAACUUCCAAUCACAGACGGUGUGUCAGACUGGUCCAACAGGUGUGGGUGGAGCCUGUGUCAACAUAUGCUGUGAUUGGCCAGACUGUACACCAGGUGAUAUUGGUUUUAUUCAAGAAAACUUACACAGAGUGACAUUUAUUAUUCCAAAUGUUAAGGUUUGGGUUCUUGUUGUUUUGAGAAUAUAAUAUAAGCGAUUCAAUAUCAUGUGGCUUUGAUUUUUGUUUAGAUUAAACAUUUAGAUCUUUUGUUUGGGAGCUUGAACUUUCAUUUAAACCCAAUUCAAUGGUGAAAAAUCCAUGUUUUGAACAUUUUGUCAAUAAUGACUGCAAUUAUUACUUCCUGGUUCAUAUUAAGAAUCACUUUACUGGAAGGAUAGGGGAGAGUGGGGUAAGUUGAGCCACCCCCUGUUGCUUGGAAAUGGUAAAAGAAAUUGAUCAUGUGACCAAAUAUUUAGGAGAUGGACAUUAAUUCAUGGAGUCUGUGAAGGUUGGAUGCACUUGAAAGUGAGUUAAGUCUGUCAUAAGUUUUAUUAGAAUUGUGUUCAGAUAAAAAAAAUCUGUUUUAUACAUCAAUUGUGAUAUCUAUGAGCUACAUCAUGAAGUCAAAAACCUAGCAUAAAAGUCCACCAUUUUAGCUUAGAGGAAUAAUAAAGUCAUAAUAGUAGUUCUGGGGUAAGUUAAGCCAGUGGCUCAACUGAGAAAGUAAAGAAGUCUGAUGAGAGGAUCAGAGUUUCAGUUCAGAUUGUUAAAAUGUUUUACUUUUUCUUUUCAAAAAUACAGCUGUGAAUGUUCUGAAUAAUUUAAAGGCAUUCUCAUGUUGAUCAUAGGAGACCACCUUUUUUUGGCAUGCUAUAUUAUCAAAACAGUUAUGUUUACACUCAUUCUGUUGGUUUGCAGGGAUGACCACAUCUUGAAAUAUAUGCAGAUACACACGUUAGAGACAAAACUAUGAUCGCCUUGAUGUAGUGAUCCAAAAUAUGUAAAAUGGCUCAUCUUACCCCACUCUCUCCAUCUCCCCAACAGCAAUGAUAUUGAAAAUAAAAACCAACCCUAACUGCGAUGAAACUCUCAUUCUGUAGAAACGUUGAGGUAAAACUGCAACAAGGCUCCUCUAACCUUGACUGUCAUAAACAUAACUAAAUGUGUUUCAUAGAGGCCUAAUGUUUGGCAAACUCUAUUUAAACCUAACAAAUAUAUUUAAAAAAAUCAAUCUCCAAAUAAUACUGAUCCGCCUGUUGAAAAUCAUAUUUCCUGCUCUAACUGAGUGCUGCGAUUCUGCAGGCUGUGCUGGCACCGUUCCUGGUGUUAUGUGCUUGUGUUUUGGGGUUACAUCAUGUGGAAGCAACACCAGACAUCCUGGACCCUCUGGAUUCUUCUUUCUGUCAGUAAGUAGCCCAUAAUGCCUCACAGCUCUACUGUGAUCAUAGUAAAAAUGAAGAUGGUGAAGACAGAGAAGUCUUAACAGAAGCCUCAUCUGCUCACUCAGAGUUGUGCUCGAGCUCUUUUCGCUCAAGGCGGUAUCAGAGCCUUUUUAAAUAAGUUGACUUUGUUUAUUUUAGGAGCUUAUUCACUUGCACCGUAAGACAGAGUAUACUUCAAAUUCAUGUCAGCUGAGCUCCCUCCUUUACAUUCUCUCAAAACAGUGGUGACCUCCAGGUGAUCUAUCCACAGCUGGAAGUUGACAAAUGCCUCAUAGUUGGAAAGAGUCUCAGAGAGAAGCUCACUGUCGAUUGGGGGGCCCCAGAAAUUCACUUCCCUGGAGCACAAAAGGUAUGGUGUGUAUGUGUGUGUGUGUCUGUGUCUCAGUACGUCUGCUUCUUGAUGUUAUUGUGUGAAUUGUUUUCAUGAUUAAUUGUUAUAUCUAGUUUAACAUCUUAAUUAAAUCAUAAAACCCAAGGACCCCUCAUUUAGCAUCAUUAAUGGCAUAAACAAAAUAUAAGACCUUUGAAAUAAGAAGCUGAAACUGGAAAAUAUUAUUCGUUUUUGCCUUAAAAAUUCCUAAAUCUGAAAAAAUAUAGUAAGUUGCACAGAAAGUGUCGAUUAAUGUUCCUUUGAUUGGAGAAUAGAAUAACACUUACAAUACGCAGCCAUCACAAAAGUACAUGAACUAUCUCCAAACCUGCUCUUAUCAAACAAAAGCUUUUUUUUUUUUCUUAGAUUUUGAAUUAAACCAGUUUUAGGUCUCCUGAAAUUUUUCAAUAUUUACCUCUAUGUUAAGUGCUUCAUUGUGCAGGUGCUUCUUUUCAACACUAGAGUGCAGUAAUAGAUAAGACAAGCUGCAUCUUAACUUCAGCAAAGCAAGUGUCCUUGUCUCAGUCAUUAGCUGAGAUACCAAAAGGUUUUUCAAAUUAAAAAACUGUAACUUGGAGUCCAAUUUCAUCACUGCUUUAAAUUGAUAACUAUUGUUUAGAUAUUAGCUGCUUUAGCACCGUCCGCUUCUUUUAUGCUGUUGACUAAAACUCCUGAUGUAAUUACCUUUACCACCAGAGGGUGGUGCUAGCACAUUGCACUGGUUAGCCCUUCAACAACCACUUCUGCUCCACUGAGGUAAUGUUCGAACCAACCUACACUUUACACCAUUUAAAAGGUCAGAUACCAUAAGUCAUAAAGUGGACCCUGUCAUUCUUUAUUUAGUCACUGACUUUGACGAGUAAAACAUCCAACCCCUCUAACAGACAGACAAAACGAAAUAUUCCACCUCAGUUUGGAGUCGUCAUAGUGAUUUAACAAAGGACAAAAAGCUGUGUGUGCAUAAGAGGAUCAGUUUAUGAACCCCCAAUAUUUAGUGGUGACAUAUUAAGAAAAUAAAGACUUAUCUUCAUAAACUUUAGACUUAACUUGGUAGUUUGUGUGUCUCAAAGGAAAGGUUGCAAGCAUUGCAGUAAAACUACAGUUUGAUGAGUUUUCUGUUAUAGCAUUAAAUAGAUUUCAACAAUGCUAAUUUUUAAUCUUUUGAAUUAAAGGUUUUAAAAUGCAACACUUAUGAGAACAAGAGUCGACAGUAUAUAAUGUUUUUCUAACAUGAAGUGUAGUAUAUACCUCUUUGACUUCCUUUUGUCAUGUCAGAUAUAAGACUAAAACUAAAUCAAUUAGAUAUUCUAGUUUGUGUUCAUUAAUUUAUCCAUGUAGUUUAAUUGUUUUAUUCCUAAGCGACAAAUUGAGAGCCACAGUUCCCCAACUAUGGAUCCCCCCCCCACCCGCUGGCGAUGACAAUGAAAUCACAUCAGGUGCACAACAAAUCCUAUAUCUGUAAAUUGAAAACUUAAAUUGAAAGCCACCUCGAUGUAGGAGCUAGUUUAUGAAUUACAGAGCUAAGCAGUCUAGCUUGAACAUGAUCUAUUGCCCUUCCCUUUACCAAACUCCAUUUGAUCUAUGGCCGUAUUAUCUAUAAUGCUGUCUUACAUGAUUCUCUUUUAUUGCCAGAAUCGGUGUCAGACAGCAAAACAGAUUACAUGUUGGAUUAAAUCAAUACAAACUUUAUUUACUGGGCUUUGAAAUGUAAUUCUCCAUUCUUCCUGACACAUUAGUAAACGCGUGCUAUUGAAGGAUCAGACUAUGGUUCUGUGGUUGCUCUGCUGGUCCUCCACGCUUUCUGUCACUGUGCCAUGCUGCCAGUGCUGCUGCUAUUCUCUGCCACUCAGCCCGUGUACCCAGUAGUAGGAAUACAGAAUAGUGGCCGCUCAUGCUCAAAUCCACCCACUGUAACACCCACUUCAUUACUGGGACGGGAUUCGUGCCUGCUGAGUAAUUGUAAUGGAGCGCAAUGGGCAGCAGGCCCAUAAACCCGCCUCUAAAUAGGUGCUCAUAAGCGAAAACAAAAGCAAAGGGCCACAUAAACUGCAGAUUUCUGUGUUCAAACUUCAGAGCAGCGAUUCAACACUUGAACUUUUGGUUAGUGAAGCCUGGCAUGUGUGUGUGGAUGGAGCAUUUUUAGAAAUCCUAAUUACAUUCAGAAGUAUGUAGAGUUAGAAGGAAGUGGGAUAUUUAUCUGCUAAUAGUCGGAGCAAAGGAGUAAUAAAGCUUGCAAUUAAUUCAUCUGAUUGUGUUCUAUCAUCAGAUCAAGAUUUAAAGUAAGGUGUUAUAUAUUUUGCUUUAUAAGACCAACAGAUGCCUUGUGUCCGGAUAAGGUUUUGAAAAACUACACCUUGAUUUUAUAGCAAUCAAAACCAAAAUAAACCCAUUACUGCAUUUAAAUGUAAAUUUCAUUUUCAGCUUAAAUGCAUUAGAAAGAUAGGACCAGAAUUAAAUCCAAAAAAGUCAUUUUGUUUCUAAACACCAAUAAGAGGGAGAGAAAAAAACAGAAGGUCACUGGGACUUGUUGAGAUAGCACCUUUAGCUUUUCUUGACUGUUUUUUUUUACUUAAAUUUUGUACCAAAGUAACUUCAUGAUGAACGUCUUGUGAAAAAUAAUACAAAAACUUUCUUUUAACGCUGUUGUAUUUUCUCAGUCCAAGUAGAACAACCUGUAAUCUAAACUAAAACAUUAUUAAGUGUUAAGUGUUUGUGGAAAUUAGUUGAAACUAUAUUUUUCAUGUACUGUAAAUCAUGUAAACAAAUCCUGACAAAGCAAUAUCAUCCUGGUCUUGAUCAUUGUAAAACCUCUGUGGGCAAAACUUAGGAAAAGUAGCUGUCACCUUUUGUAAAUGACAAACUCAGCUGGAACAACAUGAGAGAUAAAGAUGCAAGGCUGUCAUGUCAUCGUUCCUGGUUUUCCAAACUCUGCUCUUGUAUUUGAUCUGCAGGAAGACGUUUCUGUGUAAAGGGUCUUUGAAAACUCUUACAGGGUUGAGGAACCAAAGCUGUAAUUGGGAUCAACAUGUUCCAGAUUCACCAGAUAAAUAUCCCAGUUUUGUCACUGUAAAAAUCACAUCAUUUGGGUGUACGUUGGGUUCAAUCAUCUGUCAUAUCAAUAGACAGUUGCUCUGUGAACGUUACAAAAUUUAGCUGUUUUUUUGUACUUCAGCUCCAUUGUACAUUUGACUAAAGCAUCGAUACGGGUCUUUUUGAUUGGUUACGAAGACGGAUAUGAGUAUAGGCUGCUGAAAGUAAUGAGUAAAUAGUCGAGACUGUAUUCUGUUGGUGAUUCUGUUAAACAUUAAUAAUCCUUUGAGAAUCAUUUUCACUGAAAGGGGGAACAUCAAGAGUUUUCACUUUGAUAAUCAACGAACUUGGCUUUAAGGACAUAAAAACCUCAGAUAAAGAUUUGCCUGAAGAAAAAAUGAGUCACUAUUAAAAAGAAAAUUAUGACUCCUAAAAUAACCAAAGACCUUUGAACUAGAGAGGAUCAAAAAGCUCUAUAUUUAUCUGUCUAUGCUGCAGCUCAUUCAGGUGAGCUCUUGGCAGAAAUGAAAAAUAUAUAAGUGAGUUUCUACCUUCUUAAACCAUCACUGUGUUUCAUUUAGCAUUUCACUGAAUUAGCUUGUGAAGUAUUUUUACCCACAGUAAAUAGUCCUCUGAUAAUUUAGAUACUGUACCUUUGCUUCGAUGCCUAAAUAUCAGUUUAAUAAUGAAACACACUGAAUUAAAAGAAAGAUAAACUUAUUGAUGAAAUAUCUGUGACUCUUAGCUGUCAUAUGCAUCCUUAAAGGCACCCUCAUAUUUGAUUUCUAAGCUAAAAGCACUAGCAUUAAUGCAGGCUACAUGUUUAAGAUAAUCUCUAUUUUGGUUGGAGCCUGCUGUAUUUUCCUCGCUGUUCUCGGUGUAAACAACACAGGCCACAGGAGCUAUCUUUACCUCAUAGUUGUUCCAAAAGUGGAGACAGUUUUGGAGUUGUUGUUUUUCUUUUUUUCUCUUUUUUUUUUCAGUAAGGACCGUAGCCACAGGGCACAUUCUUAGACAUGGGGGAUUUCAAAGCCUUGUUUUUGGGUAGACAUUUCUUGCAUCUGGUGGAUGGAAUGAGGGUUUAAACCAUUACUGCGAUUAGAGCUGCCUCACUAUGAUCUCUUGAGCUUGCUUACUGCUGCUAAUAGCUGUUUCCUCUCUUUUUCCCUCUAUCUUUCUCUCUUUCGCUUUCUCUCUCUCUGUGAAUGAUUUUUAUGCUUUGCUAAAACAUGUGGGGGCGUUGAGAGAGGAUUUAAAUGCAACGAUCCCCCUCCUCUUUUUUUUGGUGAAUCUCAGCGUUCUUUUCUGCAAGCCUCUGAUGACGACAGGGCAGCUUUAAGCCUGGCAGUGCCCACGGCAGGCUGCCGUCUCAGCGCUGCCCACUCUCCUCUGUGUUGGCAUGCCGAAGAAAGCGAGGGUGGGGUUCCUCUUUAGCAGACCCUGUCAUUCCUAGGAAAGCCUACAUGUCCACCCAUGCAGGAUUCCUGAUAGGUCUUCAUGUUGGGGAUGGGAGAGUGCAGAGAUAGGGAUUUUAUUUUCAGUAGGCGACGGUCUUCAGUCAACGAGGAAUCGAGGAUGUAUAUUUAGAUAAAGGGACGAGGCACUUCCUUGAGCCCCCGUGUGACAGCGGGGGUCAACAAGUGAAACAUGUUCUGUAAUAUCCAUCUAAUUGCAUAUUCAGAGUCAUCAGGUGGGUGUUUUGGCUCUGCUGGAUUAAACCAGGGUGUUUGGCUGUGAUUCAGGGAGUUUAUUUCCUUAGCUAAUGUUCCCCUUUGUCAUUAUAACACCCUGUUAAGCUGACCCGUGUCCCGCUCCAUUCAGUCAUUGCCCAUUACUACAACAACAUGUAUGAUUCAUGCAGGUUUCUGAAAAGGGAAGAAUUACAACCUGCUGCUAGUAAGAGCACUAGAUUGAUUAUGCAUAUUCAGAGGAAUGAAGAGAGGCAAUAAAGCGCCUAAGCCACUUUUCCAUACAGAGGAAGAAUGAUCGGCACCUUGUGCUGAGUGUCUGAGGCAUGGCAGGCCACUACAGGAGCAAGAGCAGCGUGCUUCGAGGUGUCAGUGCUGACCUUGGCCAUCUGCAUGAAGGGGAAAGAUUCUCACUCACAGCUGAGUUUAUUCCAGACAUAGUUAUACCUUAAACUGAUUUUUUUAUGUUUUCUGUUUUCACUUACUUGAUCACAGUCUGUCUAUUUUCAUGUUUGGUGACAGUGUCGAACCCUGAUGUUGAAACAGCAGAAUCCUUGCACCAGAUGUUUGGCCUCAGACAUGUGUAAAAUACUUUUACCCCCCGAAAAAUAAAAAUGCAUUGAGUUAUCAAAAGAUAUGAGCAGAUUAGGGAAGCUUUGGGAUCCUUUUUAAGAUCUUAAAGUUAUAAAUGAGCUCUAGGGAAAGGUGGCUGUCUUUAAUAUAGAAACUUGAAUUAUAAAGAGGUCAUUUUAACCUUUUUACCAAACGAAACUACCCAUGAAAUAAAAACGCAAACAUCUCUCGCUGAAAUAAAAUGUGCAUAUAUUGAUUCCCGCUCAUAAGAUUUGUGUGGCAGUCAUAAAAUUCAUCAAUUAGAUCCCAAACUGCGAACGCUUCCCUCCAAAGGCAAAGCAGAGUCUUAGAGAAGCAGCAGGUCUUUAAUAAAGAAUACUACCUGAACCUGAGCCGCCUCAUUAUUAUUCAGUUUUCACGCUGAAACUCCUUCUUGUCGGUUCAUAUACAUUGACGGCAAGAUCUGUUCAAACAGAGAUUCAUAAUCUGCAUGGGAAGUGCAUCUGCUGGAUGUGGAUACUUAGACAAACAUACAAGAUUAAAUUUCUAUUUAUAAGAGCCACAGAAACCUAACAUUUACCAGGGAAUCAGUGUAAGAUCUGGAGUUGACUGUCGCACUUUGGCUCAGUGAGAAACUUGUAGGUUUUAUAAAUGCAAUCCGUCCAGCGGGUAAAUGUCUGUGCUUUAUGAUCCAAAAUAUGUCAUCUUGACAAAUUGUUGAACUGCUCAGUACAGUUUUGGUUUUAUAGUCAUUCUUUGUCUUGUUUAAUUUCACAGUUUUAAAGUAAAGGUUCUCCUUUCUUUGUGUGAAAGUUAGAAACAAAUAUCAAAAUGCAAACUUUUUCUUGGUUUCUUAGUUGUAGGCUACUUAUUGGACAGGAUUACCGUGAUGCUUAUGUUUGAAACCGACUUUUUUUCUCUCUUUGACAGCCUCUUUUCUCUAAGAACUCAGUAAUCACAAAGUUAAAAGUGAUCACGUGAAGUUUACUUAAGACACAGAUGCUUGGCUUAGUGGCAUAUUGCCCGAAAUGUUUUGUGUUUCUCAUUUGUGGUCCGGCACAGGGUUUAGUUCCAGUUGUGUCCCAAUCCUCUGAUUCACCUUCUUUAGGAACAGCUUCAGGGCUGCUCACAAUGCUUAACUCUCCAUAAUGCCAUCCCCUUCAUCUCCCCAGUGGUCUUAUUGUCUUAACUCUGGAUGGAGAGACAGAGCGUUAAGAAAAGAAAAAAAACAGGUUAAUACACGUUUGGCACAGUGAAAGUAAAGUAUCUUUGCAAAGAUGCACUCUAUUCAAGUUUGUCUUUUAAGAAUGUUUUUCAUCAGAUGAUUCCUGCUUCUUCAAACUUGUUUUGUUACCUCGUCUGGCUGUUUUCGCUGGUUUUCUAAGACAUAUCAUCAGUGAUUCAUUUCGCUUUUGACAUAAAAAAAAAAGCAGAUGCUAAUGUUAGCAGCAAUCAGGUGCAUUGAUGCUUUGAUUGAUCUAGGAACAGCGGAUGAUAAAACUGCCUUCCUUGUCAUAUUCCUGAUCCUGUAGUUUGGAAGCAGAGAAAAUGUUAUGCAAAUGAUUUGUUAAUCCCUUUACAUUAUUUGUUCCAUUUCUCCCAUUCGUUUUCACACUCAAUUUCCACACAGCGAGCUGACAGGCGGACACCCUCAGAUUUCUAAUUCUUAUGACAGGAAAAAAAAAAUAGUCAGCCAUCCAUUUAGUAUUUAGAAGAUAGUUGUUUCAAUUAAUGAAUUCGACUUGAAUAGUUCAGCAGAGAUAUGAACAAAAGAUCCAGAAAGAACUUCACUUUAGAGACCUUCAACUUCACCUCUUCUUCUUCCUCUUCUUCUACUUCUUUGUCUAAGAGUCUUGAGUCUAAGCCGAUACAGCAGUGGCACAUGUGACCAGUGUUUUUUUUUUCGUAGUUUUGUUGUCCCCAAAGGUUGGUGUUAAAAAUAAUAAGAAAGAGGUGGGAUGGUCUUAGAUUCAAGAAGCUUAAAAUGCAAAAUCUCAAAUAAGCCCAAUUUUCCCUAGCCAAUCCCGUUUCAUUUUGGUGGGUUUGUGUUGAUCGUCUCAACUGACUCACAUCCCGCCCCUCCCCAAAUAAAAACACUACAGAUUUACGUGGCUUUUCAAAAAAUGUAUCUAGACAUUUAUCCAGCUUAAUCUUCUUAGCAUAUUAAGGUGAUUUGCUUUACCCUGAAGUGGCUGAAGCUGCAAGCUCACCGCCCCUCAUGGCACUAAGACCUGAAAGGCAUUGUGGACAUCUUUCCGCUCUUGAAUAAGAGAGAGGUGGGCAGAAGUCAACCUGCUUCUCAGCUGUGUCUGUCCCCGCUGUGUGUCCAUUUGAUUUGAUUUUUUGUUUAGUUAUUAGUCCAACUGUUGCACUCAGUCAGUGUUCUUAGGCACACGGCUGUGCCAGCACUGCCCACACUGUGGUGUGGAGGUUUGGAGCUCUCAGCUUUUGAGCUGAACUGAAAGAGCUCUCUCACAGAGUAGGUGUUGGCAGGAGGCUUUGUUUCUUUCUGUGAAUGUCAUGAGAGGUAUGGAUAAUGAGAAAAAAUGAAGCCCAGUGAUGGCACGGUUUAUCUAAGUGCCAACUUUAUGCCUGACUUCAGAUCUGGGCAUUUUCAGAUAGGCGAUGUGCUUAACCUUUUCUUGAGACGCGACACAAAUCUGAGAAUCGGUAGUGACGGAUACAAUGUGCUCUUCCUUAAACACCACUUCACAGGCCGGGCAGCUAAAAGGUCUCAGUCAAACUCAAGUACUGCGAACGUCCUUAUUUGUCACGGCGCUCUAUAGAUGUGCUCCAGGGCGUCGCUUUUGCCAGAGUGCGUCGGGGAAACUGUUGGUUCAAAUUUGGAGACGUUCAUUGUAGCUGAAGGCUGAGUCCAUUUGUCGUCUUUGUGGUAUUUAGCUUAAUGUCCGUCAAAGUUAGUUUAGACAUGAUGGGGUCAAAGUAGAUAACAGCUGAGCUACAGACAAGAUUUGUUUGAAUUGGACACGAGUUAAGAGAGUUGCCUGGAAAAUAAAGAUAUUUUACGAUGAUUUGUGGAGGGAGGAUAGAGUAUUAUGAUAUCAUAUGAAAGAACAAUUACUUAAAUUAGAUUUUUAUUUGGAGUAUACUUUAAGUCAAAGGGACUGAGUACUUUGAUCCCUAAAUUGGGUUGGAAGUCAUUGAAAGUCAUUGAGGCAGUGUCAGUUGUCCAAGUCAUAGGAUGGCCUAUACCUUUAAAUAACUGGAAAAAGCCUUCUGUGUAGUAAACAUUGGGCUUAUAGAUGAAUCUGUAAAUAUAUAUUUCCAACUUAAACAAAACCUUUCAUGCUUUAAGCUCGAACAUGCGUACUCUUAUCCUCCACUUCAUGUUAGACCACCUUACUCCCAGCUUGUUACACAUAAUCUAAUUAUCAGCAUUUGGUUGAAACUUCCAAAUUCGUAAAAGUUAAAGGUGACAGGAUGUUCUGUUACAGUAUCUGCCUCAUAAAGCUAAUACAGCGUUCAGAUUCAGUGAAGGACUAACUCAGUUCAACCAAAAACUUUGAAACGUCUGUUCAAUUUGGAGAUUAUUCCAGUUUAUCUUUGAUCUGCAAUUUUCUCGGUUUGGUUUGGAUUGUUUUGGGUUUUUUUUCUCGCCACCUAGCUCUUUGUAGCAGGUUUUCUCACUUUUUCACAAUCAUUGGCUCGACCGUGGUGGAAAUACUUUUUUGCACUGUGAGAGGAGGCAUCUUUAUUUGUCCACUGUGGUCCAAUCAAUGGCUAUAAAAAGCUGCUAAUUGAAAGGAAUCCAGAGAAAGCAAAGGAGGUGGUAGUAAUUUAUGUAUUUGAUCGGUAAAACAUUGUGAAAACAGGAUUGUAGGUUGAGUAUGUAUGCUGUGAAUAGUUCACAUUAUGAAGCUGGAUCAUUAGUAUCCUUGGUUGUUUUGGCUUGAGGUUUACUUCCAGGAAUAACUGGGAGUAAAAUUAUCUUGUGAAAUUUAUGUCAUUAAAAAGAAUCCAUCAUUCAACAGGUCAUGUCAGAUCUUGUUUGUUGCAGCUGUGUUUUUCUCAUUUUCAUCCUUAAUAAUGUUUCUUCCAGGACUGUGUUGAACAUUAAAUGUGAGGGUAAUAGUGCCAUAUCUCUAAAUAAAAACAUGCUUUUUCUUUUUUUUCCAAAAAGGUGAAUAUACAGUACAGUUUGGACACACCUUCUCAUUCAAUGUCUUUUCUUUAAUUUUAAUAUGACUAUUUACAUUGUAGAUUAUCACUGAAGGCAUCAAAACUAUGAAUGAACACGUGGAAUUUUGUACUUAUGAAAAAAGUGUGAAAUAACUGAAAACAUGUUUUAUAUUCCAGUUUCUUAAAAAUAGCCACCUUAGUCACGAAGUAACCCUGACAAGGCACACCUGUGAAGUAAAAACCAUUUCAGGUGACUACCUCAUGAAGCUCAUUGAGAGAACAGCAAAAGUUUGCAGCGCUAUCAAAAAAACAAAGGGUGGCUACUUCAAGGAAUCUGAAAUAUAAUACAUGUUUUCAGUUAUUUCACACUUUUUCCUUAAGCACAUGAUUCCACAUGUGUUCAUUCAUAGUUUUGAUGCCUUCACUGAGAAUCUACAAUUUAGAUAGUAAUGAGAAUAAAGAAAAUGCAUUGAAUGAGAAGGUGUGUCCAAACUUUUGGCCUGUACUGUAUAUAUAUCAUGUUCUUGAAAACAAAAUGCUUUACAAUGAUAACAAAAAUAUUCUUAAUGCAUGGGUGAAAGUCUUAGAUGACCAAAUGUGCAUCAGUCUACCACUUCAGUAUUAUUUAUUGGUAAUCCCAAAGAUUAUCCAGCAAUUUACAAACAUACAACCUUAUUCUAAUUCCACUGCAAAGUCCAUUCUUGAUUUAUAUUUUUCACGCUGUAUAAAUCUGACAACUCUCUCUUGUACUUCCUCUUAUGUUUACAUUUAUCAUUGACAUCUAUGUGCUGUACCGUAAUGAUUUAGAUGUGAUAUUUUUCUGUAAUCAUGUCCUCUCAUUGUGUAAAAGCAAAUGUAGUGUUUUGCUCUGUCCUGUCCUUUAUUUAGACUGGCAGGCACUUGACCUCUUGCGCUCGGGCUGAAUGCCUGACAGGUGUAAAAAUCUAACUGUGGCUGUCCAUUCAAAUGUUGUUGAACGCAGCGCUGCUCCACACAGACGAGCACUUCAAACAAACUAUGAGUGGCUGCUUCUCCUCAUAUCACAGAGAAGAGGAGAAAUUGAUUGGAACUGGGAGGCUUAGGACUGGAUUUUCCUCAACCAUCAUAUUUUUUCUUUAACAACUGCAGCUUAAAUUUAGAUUUUUCCUGGCUUUGUUUUUUAUUUCUUUGUCCAAAUCCUAUCGAGUGGUGCUUCAGGUUUUUCCUUGAGUAAAAAGUUGAUAUUGUUGUGGGGAGGGAGAAAGGACUUUUUUCAUGUGUGCAGGAAUGUAGAUUUCUUUCCCCCGUGAAAUCCUAAUUGUGCCUUGGAGGGCUGGUAGGGUAUCUCUGCUCAGCUCAGCUCAACAGGAUUUGUGUCUGUGUAUGUUAGAGUAUGUCUCUUAGCUUGAAUGCGGAUAUAACCCUUUCAUUGCACAAGCUGCUGAUUUUUCAUUUUUGCCUAUAGGCUGAUCCUGUGCAUCCGCUGCUUUUUUUUUUUUUUUUUUUUUUUUUUUUUUUGUGGAAGACAUUGAAAGUUUUUGUUUUAAAAAGCUUCCGUAUUUAAAUUCUCCCCUGAAAUAUUUGAUUUUGGUUGAGUGUUAUCGCCGAUGAAACAUGCUCUCCUUUCUGUGGAUCAGCCAUAUUUGAAAAUUAAACCCCUGAGAGCUUGUCAAUAGUGAAAGGUCAGAUUGAGAAUAUAUCCCAGGUCAAAACUACGUCUGUCCCAUGUGCUUUUUGAAUUAUUGCUGUGCAUUUAUCUAUGCAAAUCCAGGAUAAGAUCCUAUCUGCCUGCAGCGACAUAUCCCCCUGGAUUUGGUCUAUAUGAGUUAGGCAGGUUAUGGUUGACUGUCAAAAAGGAAUUUCAACAACAUAUGUGUGAAGAUUAUUGCUGUAGUCAUUAAUUGUUGCUUGAAAGGGGAUUAGGAUUAGCAGUCUUAUAGAACACUUUAACACCUGUCCUUCCUCACAUCUAACAAUGUGACUUCAGUUUUUCUUAUUUCAGUAUCAGUUCAAGUUGGCAAAAUAAAAAAGGCUGAUUUAUUCAAAUGAAUCAUCAGUGCUGGAAAUGAUUCAAUAUGUGCCACAUUCAGAUGGGUGAUAUAUUAUUCCCUUGGGGAGAGGCAAAGAUGGAGCUGCGGAGCUGUUUUAUUUGUGCCGUCUUUAUCAGUGUGUCAGGCAGAGAGGCUGAGCUUGUUCUCUAUGAAUGGACGAGCCCUUGAACCAUAAACCUGUACCUCCUCUGAUAACAGUUUUUGCAUUGUGAUAUAAGUGCCAUUCUCUGUGAUGUCCUCUCUGACAGCGCUAAAUAUAUCGACGUACACAAAAUGAUCUGUCAGGCGAAUUAUUUUAUUCCAGCCAGUUCUCCAAACUAAGGAUUUUCAGCGCGGCGUGCACAGUGUGUGAUUUUGAAGACAUAUUGUGGAUUUUGUCUGAAGCAGAGCACUGCAUUGUGAUUGCAUAUCACCAAGCUUUGCAAUUCAUGCGCUUGACGUUUUGCCUGUAGGUGAACAUUUUACUGUACUGUUAUGUCUGUGCUAUGUAUCAUUUAAUGCUAUUUCUGCUGCUGAGACCUCAGACUGCUCUGACGUCUGAAUUUGCCACAUCUUCUAAGGUGAUAAGAGUGCUCCCUGAAUUACUCAGAGCCCGUGUGAUGACAUGGCCCUGAUUGUCAGACGGGUGGGCUGGUGACACUGGAACACAGACGGUGCUUGUCUGUUUGAAAUAUUCUGUUUCAAGCUUCCAAGCCCUGGGCAGUCCUCUCUCCCAGUCUCCCAACACCCAGCGUCGCCCACUGAAACAAGACUCUUCCAUACUGGAAAAUCUGGCCCCGUCAACUGGCAGUCUUGUCUAGGUUCAGCCCACACGCCAAGCACCCCCCACCACCACUUCCACCCCUUAAUAGGCACUAGAGUUUGCCACCCCAUGUAGAUGCCUUUUGGUCGCCAUCCAUGGAUGGCGUCAAUAGCAUCUUCCUACACAACAGUGACUGAACGGAGGGCACAAGAAAAUGUGGGAAUAAUUUACACUUUCUCACUGUACUACCAUCAGAAACCAUAAUUAAUCAUGAUAGAAAAAAUGUGGAAGCCAUCUUGGCUGGUGAAACACACAGUGCCUGUGAACAGGCCUGACACCUUUAACAGCUCUGAUGGCCAAAUAGGAAUGGGUGUCAGAGUGCUUACAACUAAAGCUCCCUUCAUGGCAGCAUGAAUCCCACCGCUUUCAGAUUGUGUUUGUGCAGGAUGCUUCUCCAUGAAGUGUUAUAAGCCUUUAAUUUAUUUCAUUUGAACAAAGUGCAAUAAUAGACCGUCUUGAGUCAUAAAAAUGUGGCAAAAAAGAUGUAACAAUAGCAGUUAUUCUCCUGUUGAAAUAAAUAACACUGAUAAUUUUGCUCAAGCUUUCAUUUUCUUCCUGUUUUCAAAUACAGAAAAAAAAAAAGAGAAUUUGGUUUAUUCCUCAAGAACAGCUGCCAAAUAUCUGCCCAAAUUAAAAAACGAUGACCCAGAUGAAGCUCAUUUUUAGAACACGUGUUAAAUAUGACCUUUAGGUGUUUGCAGCUUUCAAAUCUCAUGUCAUGCACUGUGUGAACUCGCUGUUUUUAGUCGCACAUGCAGUGCAACAUCCAAAACAUCCUCUAAUCCCAAAAGGUCCCAAAAGAUCUUUAUUAUCUCUCUCUCUUUCUCCAAAUUCCCCAGAGUACUUUUAGAAUCAAAAUAGUUGAUUUAGAUUCCCAAAUCCCGGUGAAGUAAUUAGAAUGUGCUCACCAUUAACUUUUAUAGGCUGCACUUGGUGGUAAAAUAGCAGAUCUAUGUUUUUCAGUGUGUGACAUGCUUGACAGACUAAUUAUGGAUAUGAGUCCAGUGCUGUAAUUUGCCCUGUUUGACUGUGUUUUGCUCUCAGCAGCCAAAGUACAUGACAAAAAUAUUUCCCUCUUGCCUCAUUUAGCACGGGGCUGGAUCAGAGGCUCACAUCCUAGCGCCUGGCUGCAUGUUACUUCGGAGUACCUGUUAAUGGUAGUUACUGUGUUUGAGCAUGUGCAUUUGCAGAAAUGCUUCCAUGGCAGUGAGUAGGUGUAUGUGUGUAAAGCCACAACUAGAAAGUGUUGAAAGCCUCAGCUAGCAAGAUCGCAUCCAGGGUGACUAAUAAGCUUAACAUGAGCACGGCUGUGUUGCAAGCAUGGUGCGCUGAAAGAAGUCUUCGACGUUGAGAGAAAUGCAGAAAUGGUUCCCUAGGCUGCUGCUAAUUCCCUCACCCCCCUCAAGCUUCAAUCAGACUGUGAACCAUCUUACUGUUAGCUAUGGCUCCAUAGCAUUUCCAGCCAGCACCGCUGAAGUACAAGGCUUCAUAAACAGAGUUCAGGAGUGACUGCAUUCAAACAUUUUAUCUGUAUAUCAGGGGGCUUGUUUGUUUGUUUGUUUGUUCGUGGAUUCAUCAAAAAACGGAGAGAUGUUACAGGUAUUAGCUUGUGACACACAAAGAGAAAAUAUUCGUUUUAAAUAUGCAGUAUUUUCAGGCCAUGAACGAUAAUUCCUGGCCUCGUCUCACCUUCUGUCAUGUGUUAAUUUGAUUAAAUGUUGCAUUGUAAUACGCGCUUUUAUGUUCAAACAAAAAAAUUGCUAAUGUGAUUAUGUAAUUAUGUAAACUUGUGCUUCGUAUUUCGCUUUGAUUCCUCUUGAACCUCUGCCUCCUCACACUGUACCUUACUCCUCUGUGGGGAUCAAGGAUCCAUGUUGUCCUUAGGCCUUGAAUAUGCGUUUGUAUCCACAUGUGACUUGCCUUUGACCAUGUGGCUCCUCCAAGUGUGGAUUUAUAAGCCACUUCACACUCCACUCUUGUGUGGGAGGAAGGCUGAGUUAAAAAUAGGCAGGUUUGGAGGUAGUGAGCAGCCCGCACUGUGUGAGGUGCUUAAGAACAUACUGAGGAGUAUUGGCAUCCUGUUUGCAUAUCAUUUAUAUGUGUCAAUAAUAUUUAUCUGGAUGUUAAUCCAGUCGCUGUUGCUGUCGUUGGCUGUGGUGAAAUCCCCCAAAUCAUCCUGUACAAUAAUUCCAGAUCCAUUUUUUGCAAGCCCUUUUUGCACCCAAGUGGCAAGAUGUAUUGACAUCAAGCCAGCUAUGAAACACUGAACUUAAAACUGGUAGGCCUCUAUAUGACCUAUAAAAGCAAACAAGACCACCCAUCAGCAAGAGGACAUAUUGAAUAUAGACCACUUUUGUUACCUGUCAAAACCAUCUGGUCAGUGUCCGACUGUGUGACUCACACAUUUUUUUUUAUCUUUAAUUAUAUUAUUUCUUUUUCUAUUCCAGCCUCAGACCUAUAAAAGGUUGCAGGAUAAGAGUGUUGUCGGAAAAAUGCUACUUGCAGCUGAAGGGUCAGCAAAGAGAUAAAAUAUACCACAUUGACUACAGAGGGCGCCAAAAUUGAUUGAAUUCCUCGCUGAGGCACUGAAACGCAUAUUUAUGUCGUUUUAGAACAUACAAGAGCAAAAAAGGUCAUCAGGGAUGGGAUGAAUGAGUUUUAUGCUCCAAUUCUCAAUGUCUGAAACUCAGAAUAUUCACAGUUCUGAUACAUUUGGCAAUAAAAAGUCAGCAGGAUAAGAUUUUUGUCAGAUAACAUGACUGAAGCAUGCAGAUAACAAGACAAGCAGAGACUGCUUUGUCCACAGGGGGCACCAGUGUAUACACUAAAUGAAAGUUUCUCAUGGGAUCUGUAGACCCCAUCAACAUGGAAAUUAAUUCAGGAGUAAAUGCAAAAGUUUUUUUGUCAUAUUGGUGUUUCAUCCACAUGGAAACAGUGUUUCUGGUGACUGUAAACAAUACUUUUUUGAAAACAGGUCCCAGAGUGCGUAAAUCCAUAUACGACUACCGUUUUGUUUCUGUGUGGAUGCCCAUUCGGAUCUUUCUUGAAACAAUGACGUCAGUCAGGGUAACUUGCUUAAGACACCUGCAUGAUUCCUCCCAAAACACUGUUAUAUGCGUGCUCUGAACUCUUCCUCUGUCUUUUUGUGCAUUUCAGGGGCAGCAAUACAUUGCUGCUUACUGGCUUGGCAUAUGCACCAUAUCAUUUUUAGUGGUUUAAUGUUUAUUCAGAUUUUUCCUAAAUCAAUUCCGUCUUUGCGGAAAUGUUUUUCAGCAGCAGUAUGUUGUUUUCGUUUCUAUGUGGACAAGGUCUUACACAAGGCUGCCUGUGAUUAACGUUAAGAUUUUUACAUUUUGUAAAUUAAAAAAAAAAAAAGAAAACACAAAUGUUAGAGGAGUCAAAGAUUUACUUCCAUGAGGCCAAAGACCUAAGUCAUUGCCUUUUCAGGUGCUAGAAGGGGUGAAAGUAGGAUAAGGUUCUUGCAGGUUCUGUACCUGUAGGCUUUGUACAAGAGGAGCACAUCCAAAUUUAACGAAGAGCCCACUAUGAUGCCACAGUAUCAUAAUCUACUGCAUCUCUCUUUCUCUUGAACAUAAAAUCAAUGUUUCUCUGCAGUUUGUUUUAUUUCUGCAUUAAGUUCGAAGCAGCUGUCUCUUUAAAAGUUCCGCGGGAGGCGGUCCCCAGCGCCUAGGCAACCAGCGUCCUAUCAAAAGUUCGCACUGAGCGCGCGCACUGUUUCUUUGCGGAAGUAAAUAUGACUCACUCGUAAGCAGCAUGGACCUUGUGGAUUAUUACGAUUACAAUGCAGAGUGCAGGCCGACGGCAACACGGUAAGCAAAUGUAGCCUAGUACAUACAUUGCAGGGGUGAAAGUUUGCGUACCGGCUGUAAACUGCUGUUUAUGUCUUCUUCCGGUACGGCAUACCGCUGCGUACCGGCUCACUUUCACCCCGUGGUGCUAGUAAAUGUUUUAACAAAUGGAUUUAAACGGUGUAUAAUUUCAAACGGUAAUACCUUAAAAAUACAAAUCCGAAGGUUAACCCAUUUAAACCGGGACAGUAUUUCCGCAUUGCGCGUGUCUACUCUUCAAGUCGCGAGCGCGGAUACGCCAUUUUGUGACAUUCUGUAGAUUUUUAAUCAGUCCUGAAGUCGCGGUGAAUUAAAUCAUCAUACCUGUCUACCUCUGAUAGGCUAAUAAAGCGCUCGGACUCAUGCUCGGAUCUUGCUACAUGCUUCGUGAGGAAAGUAAGCAACGACAGGCAGAGAGCAGCUUCAGAGGAGAAACAUCCAGCAGUGUGAACAACCUCUUCAUACUGAAGUCUUUGGUUCACACUGUCGGCGUUUUCUGUGAGUGUUAGCACAGAGUUGAACACACUGUCAGCUGCUUUUGUACUGGCACUAUACUAGGGCAGCUGUAUACCCUUUCAACACUUUAUUUGUUAUAUUUACAUUUGUAUUGAAUGGACACUUUAUCAUGACUGCCACUUGUUUUAUAGAAAACAAAAAGUUUGUUAUUCUCCAGUGCAGAGCCUUUACUUUUAUUUAUACAGCUGCUUUAUUUCAUUUAAGUUUGUUUGUACAAGGUUUUCAAAAAUGUAAUGAAGGUUUGGACAAAUUGAAGAAAGUUAUCUUGAAAGCCACGCAUGUAAGCUCUCAAAUACUUUUUGAAUUUUGUUUCUAUCUGCUACAGAGGCAGAGAUAUCAGCUGUUUUGUAAACCUCAACACUUCAGAAAACCUGAGGAUCAGGGGGCCUUUAUCAAAACGGCCCUCAGGAUUUCAGAAGUGUGUUUCAGGGUUCAGGUCUGAAUGGGUUAAACAUAACAUAACCAUAAGCUGUGUUCUCAUACAAUCAGUUCUACGUGCAUACAAACAUUUCUUGCCUUUCUAACCAAAACCCGACUGUGACUUGACCUCAUCUCACCCAAAAGUCAAAGCUUUUAAAAUGUCAAAGUUCUUGUCUCAAAUGUUUUUUUUAGGAGUUCUCUUAUUGAUAUCUCAGAGUAAUAACACAAACUUAUUAGAUUUAACACCAACAGCAGAGUUUCUGAUCUGCCUGUAUGGCUGCCUUUGAAGCCUGCUUGAUAAUACUAUUUGCAGUCAGACACAAUGAGGUUUCAAAUCUCCUGCAGAUCACAGGUGGAGGUCCGGCUGUUAUUAAUGUCAAUGAGGACCUCCUCACCUGUGGGGUCAAUGACCUCUAGGUGAAUGCCACAGCCCCCUUCUUCCUCCAUUUAAUCUUUGGGUCUAUGGCCCCCCACACUCUAGUCAGGAUUCAAUUACUGCUGCCUGGUUGACCUUUGACCCCUCUACCAGGAUGAACCUCCUUUUUCCAACCCUGCCAGUGUUACCUCUGAUAACCUUCUCCAUCACUUGCUGUUUUGCCCUCUCUCUGCUAACCCCCCGUCUUCAAUGAGUCUGUUUAUAUCACUUUUGUUCACAUUCAUAUUUUAUCUAUACAUUCACUUCAUACUACACCGUUCAGUUCAGUUUAAUCGAUUUUGUAAUAACUUUUAGCCGAAAAAACAAUGAAAUUGUUGCCUAAAUUUCAUCAUGAUGUGAAAAAUUAACCAGUGCGGUCGUGCUUUGCUGUUCCUGUUUUUUCUGUAUUUGUAGAUCGAUCUUUCAACCUUGCUCUAAGCUGCAGUCGAUGGUUGUUAAGCCAUCACCGUCUCUUAAUCACAACACAGAUACCUGUUAAUUACCAAAUGAGUUCAAGUGUUUUUGCUACUUAAACAGGGCUUUGAGAUCGAUGUGUUGCUUUGCCCCAGGUUGAGCGGCGAGCACUGUUGACCAUUUAAUGAAUCAUUGUGGGCUCUGUGCGCAGAAGGAGAUGAAGAACCAGGGGGAUAAAGCAAUGGGUGUAUUAAUAGGCAGCUGUGCGGAUGACACUGUUUGGUAUUGGGUCAGGGAUAAAGCAUGAACUUGUAAACUCACAGAGGGGCCUCUCCUCCCUCCCUGCCUCUCGCUAACUCUCUCCCGUCCUUCGUGGUGUCAUCAGAUAGCAGAGCAGGGCUCGAUAGCCCAGGCAGCUCUACGAGAGCAGCGAUUAGACAUCUCUCUGAUUCUCAUCCCCAGCAGAGUUCACACAAAGGUAAGCCAGUAGUUUUCAUCCUCAGAGACGCCGCUCUCCCUCGGCCUUUGUUCUUCAAAAUCUCUUGAUUUGCAAAUACUGGAGCCAUAUUGUUCUGUUGGAAUUGACUUCCAAUUAGAGUUUAAUGACAUCUCUCAGAAACAGAGCAAAAUAAAAAAGUGAAAUAAAGAAGUUUCUAUGACAGGAGUUCAUGUUUCCUGUAGGGGACACCCUCCUCAGUCUCUAGAGCCCCUCCCCAUUUUCUUUACAUUGCUGUCCAGUAGCUGCGACAGAGACCCCAGUCGUCAGCAGGGUUUAUUCCAGCCGUGUGGUGUCUGAGGUGUGAUCCCUGCAGGCCGUUUUGCUAUGAUCACAGCAGGGAGUGGGAGGUUAAUCCCAAGAGAACGCAAACUCAAUCCCCCCCACCUCCAGUCUGCUCCUAGGAGCCUCACAUCUCCUCCUGUAUAAUGACCUAAUGUUGCUUUGUGGACUGCGACCAGCACCUAUCCAGGUUUCACUCCUGCUGUGGGCCUCCGUGUCGAUAUAAAAGUGCUUUUAAUACUACCAUAACAAAGAUAACAGAGUGUGCAGAUAAUGUGUAAAAAUUUGAAGCUGUUUGCCCCCCAAAAUGUUGUUAGAAUAUUGUCAUUGAUAGGAGAUUUGAUUUAUUCCUAGCUAUAAUCCAAAAAUGUUACCAGUGCUUUAAUGCUACUGUACACUAACAGCAUAACCAUGUGCCUUUUCAUUAUCCACUCCUGAGAGUUAGCCCCGUUCAAACAUGUUUUAUAUACAUUUAGUUUGUUGGAGCCCUGAUAAAUCAUUUCUGAUGGCUGAAUAUGCAUCUGUUUUUCCCUGGAGUCUUUCACACAUAUCUGUGUGUAAUUAAUGUGGAUUUUGACAGAUGGAGAAAAAAAAUGUCCGUGUAAGAGAGAAGGGUACAUGCCACAAUGUGUGAAGUGCAGGCACGGGGAGAGCCUCUUGUGUUAUUUGCUGCCCGUGCCAGCUGGACCAGCCAAGUUCUUACAGGUAGAAAUUCAGGCAGUAAAUGUGUGCAGAAUUCAGUGCCCAUUAUAAAUAGGCCAUGUUUUUGUUGAUACAGUUGGAUCUGAAUGUGAAAUGUUCUUAUGUUGUUCUAAAUAUGGCGUUUGGAGAACUAAGCCAGUCCUUUUACAGUGUAUUUCCAUCCAUGAUAACGUACGUGAAAUAUCCUAUAAAGUGCUAUUCCUUUCAGUGAUAAUUGUGACUGCAGGUCAUUUUUAAUUUCAAUGCUUAAAUUACCUUUUAACUGUUCGUGUGUGCAUGUGUGCUUGUGUGUGUGUGUGCUGAUAUUUCUGAAUACAUCAGGGUCUGACUAAAAUAUUAGUGUAACUACAUUAUCACUGUGUCUUUGCCUGGUAGCAAACAUGUACAAAUGAGGAUUACAACUCUUCAGAAGGCAACAGGUCAUGGUUGGUAAGCUGCCCGGGGGGGUCACUGAUAUAGAGUCACUUUUGACAGGCUGUGGAGGAGGCUCCAUUGUUGCUGGUGUGUCUGGAUGUUACCUGCAGGCACUAUCGCUGAGACUACAGUAUUAUCCUAUUAUUAGGCUUAGUUGUUUACGCUUAUUACUGCUUGUCAGGUAGGCAGAGAAUCCUUCUGGAAAUGAGCAUCUGCAGAAAAAAUACAUGACUACUUCUUUAUCUCAUUCAAGUACAUCGGCUUACGAUUAUUUUUUAGAGCCCUUUAAGAAGAGUGUCUCGAUAGGACACAACAAACAGAAAUUUAAGGUUCAUGUUUACACACAAGCGUUUGAUUCUUUGAAAUGUUUGGCAGUCAGUUUAAGGGUGUAAGGAAACGCUGCAUCUGUUUUCUUGAUAUUGAAGCAAAUAUCAUUAUGUUGAAAAUGCAUAUACAGUAAAAGAGGACAUCGUGGAUCGAAACAGCCCUGAUUAAUGUCUCUGUUUGUAGAGGAAGUGAACAAAAUAAAAAAAUCCCAUCAUAUGGUCUGGCAGAUUUUGGGCACACGACCAGGGAUGACAAAUGUGCUCUCGCAAUAAUUCAAUCUGCUCUCAUAAUUCUCUAACUUUUAGGGACAGACAGAAUGAAGAUUUUCCGGCAGUUAAGCCGCCAAGUCAACGUCCAAUAACUGUGAUCAAGUGUUAGUUAAGAGGCUUUUUCUCUCACUUUAUCUAUUGACAGAUUGAGGGGUACAAAGAUACUGUGUAAGUGGCAGGAAGUUACUGUGAAUAUGUUAACGAGAGGAUUCGGUUUUGGAUCCAAAAUCUUGUCAUUUUAUUGAUGUCACAGUAAUGAUAUUAAGUUUGAGGAUAACAGAGAGGAGACAGCUUACAGUACAACUUAUUAAGCGUGUUUUCUGAAUGCAUUUUCAUGUGUAUUGUCGCUUUUUUAUGAGAGUUUCAUUUCAUGCUCUUAAGAACAAUAUUGUCUCAUGUAAUCUUUUCCUUCCAAGCAACAUUUUUGGCCUUGACAGCUGAAGUAAGACUGUUAAGAUUACGUGUCAAGCAAACAAAAGGCAAACCCAACCUUCUGGUAUGAGCUGUUUUUUGUCAGCUUUGUGCACCCACUUGACAAAUCAAGUGACAGCUUUGGAAAACAGACCACAAAUAUUUUGAAAAGAAUAAAAUUCACACUUUGCUGCAUUUUUUUUUUUUGGGUACAAUAAGUCAGAGCUUUGAAAGUAAAGGGAGGCAUGUUUUGAAGUAUUUAAACAAAGUGUUGUUAACUGCAGACUUGGCUGUCAAGCCUUGGGCUAUGUGAUGCACAAACAGCACAUGGCUGUGUUUAGAAAGCAAAAGGGAUCAGGUGCCGCUGUUGCCGGAGCUGCCUCUGGGCCAAUCACUGUGUGUGGCACUGUAGUGAAACACAUUGUCUGCAUCAGAAGUAAUAUGUGGAUCUCUCUCUGUUUGCAGGGGAAAAAGUAUGUUAUGGUGAUGGCUGAUCCUGACGCUCCAAGACGUGUCAAACAGACGACUGGUUACUGGAGGCACUGGCUGGUUGUGGACAUUCAGGUAUAGUAACAACCUCUGCUCUCCUUUAAAAGAACAUCCCAGAUUUUUGCACCAUGGACAGCAAUUUUUAUUGGAUUAGGAACUCAUGUGGUAUGAAUCUCAGAAGUUGUUAGGAUUUUUUUUUUCUUGAAAAUUGUGCAUUUUCAUAAUCUCGAGGUCUCACUUGGCAUGUCUCGUGUUUACAUCUGCACUGGAGCCGAUCGCAAGGCUGAAAAAUUAUGAAUGGUUUUUAAGCCUAACUUGGUGAAAAAAGGAUGCCAAGUUCAAAAAAUGUUAAUUUCUCAUAUCAUGUAUCUUGUGCAAUAAAUGCCUGUGACAAAAGUGUGGGAGUAAGUCUUUCUAAAUGGCUGUGAAAGUUUGCAAGGCCCUGUCAGCAGCAAUUUCCCUCUGCUGCAGAGCGCCCGGGACGUGUCAAUGCAGGCGUGUGAGACUGAGAUUGAGGAGAGCAGCAUGCGAGGCGCACACUUUCUCCCAUAGAGCUCCAGUCCCUCAGCUCCCCCUCCAGUGGAGAGAUCUUGGCAGAGUGUCCUCCCUUCAUCUGUUCCCCCAGGCAGAGCAGCUCCCCCAAUGAUCCACACUUCUCCAUAUUUUACACCCCCGAAAUGGGCACGGCUCCGAUCCCCUUAUUUCUCUUCAUAUUUCACUCCUUUUUAUCCGUUCGUUUGUGUGUUUUCACAGUCUUGCAUUCUAACGCCAAAUGCGUGUUGAGUUGUUGAUUGCCUCAAAUAUUUGGAGGUUUGCAGACAUUUUUUAAUCCCGCGGGAACCGAGAGAUCAACCCAGUAGAUUAAGACGAGUGGUCUUAAAAACAAGCACACAAAGCAAUGUAUCGCUGCUCCGGUUUUAUUCUAUAAGGCAACGUUGUACUCUGAGUAAAUGCACACUGAUUCAAAGAUCCAAAUGUGAUGUAUCUGGGAUACAUAUCUUACUAAACCUUUCAAUGGGUCUAAAUUGUGUGAGCACAUCUGUGCUGCGCUUUUGAGAUGAUUUAUGCAACCGCAUUCCUGUUUCUGUGCAUAUUUACCUCAUAUCACUCUCAUACAUCAAUAAUACAUAAAAAAGUGCCAUGACCACUUAUAAAAUUGCAUUAGGCAUCACCUUUGCUUCUUAUUUUUAAGCCCAUAAAGUCUGUCUGGCCGUGUGAACAGCCUGAAUAAAUAAAUGUCUUUCAAGUGCUCAGACACGCCACAGUCUCUCCAGCAAUUCAAUUUCCUGUCACUUGUGUGGGCGUUGACCUGCGUUGUCCAUGUAGGGAUUGGCCAAUGUGACGCAAUGUUUUUUUUUGAUUGUGACUGGUGGUUGGUCAGAAGGGUUAAUGAGCCUUUUGAGUGAUGCCAACCCCUGGUGGGAGGUGUUUAAUUGACCAGGGUGGCUAGGUGACUUCACACAACCUCAGUUUUUGUUUUUUCAAGAGUCCAUCUGAGCAUGUUGCAUUUUGUUUCAUUGCAUUUGUGAUUUUGACAUGUUCGCUCAAAUUAAGGGACAAAAAAAGGCCAAAUUAGUCAACAAAUACAACAGAGGAAUGUUUUAUUUGUUCUUUGUGAUUUUACUAAGUUUGUUUGUUAGUACAGUAUGAUAACAUGUUUUUCUUUUCACUGUAUUUCCAGCAGUAUAUUAAUAAUAGAUUGUUUCGUAAAGCUAAAGUCAGAGGUCUUGCUUUCAUAUGUCAAACGGAUCAGUAUUUUGAUCCUCACUUGUCAAACAGUGUGAGCUACAGCCGCCAUAUUGUCUUUAUAUAUAUUCAUUAGUCCAAGGUCAUGCAGCCUUGCCCCAGUUUGUAGAUGCCUCCAUAAUUAGAGGGUAUUUUUCACCCAUAUCCAUGACGGUAGAUUCAGCUGUGAGUGAAGUCAGGUCAGGCUGGACCGAGCAACGCAACACCACAGAUUUACCCAGAUUCCUUAACUAAGGUCUCAUUAGAGAAACGAAGGUAACGCAACAAGGACACACUGGACUUAAAGCCUUAUUGUUCACCUUGCUUUAUGAUGCUAGCUCUUAAUCUAGUAAACAAUAUGCUGAGGAUCUCUUCUCUAUACACAUUCCUAACGUUAGCUCAAAGUAUGUGAGCAGGUGAAAUGGUCUUGUUUUUUUUUUUGGUGGCCGUUCCAUUUAUUUUCACGAGGAUUGUCUUCAAUUUUUCCCGGGAUGAGUGUGUUUAUUGAGCCAUCUGUUAUUGAGGUUGUAACCAGUAGCUGUAGUUAAGUUGUGCGGUCAUGUCCCGUCAAACAGAUCUACACUACAAAGGCAGCGAGAUGUUGAUGGAAAAUAUGAUGCUUUAAAGCCACCGUGAGUAAUUUUUAGCUGGUAGUGAAACAAACUCAAAUCUAACUUUUUGCCUUAUUAACCCUUUAAAAGUAAACCAGACCAUCAGUGACAAGAUUUAAUGUUUCUUUGUGGUUCUUUUUAAUAUUUGUAACCACGGAAAGAGUGUAGGUGUCGUUUAGGACAUUUCACAGCAUGCAGUAGGAAGAGCCUUCUUUUACAUUUUGCACAGCUAAGUUUUCCAGUGAGUGACACAUUUGAAAGUAAAAUGAAGCAAGUGUCAGAACCCACUUAUUACAUAUUUGUGUAAUAUUUCAUGUUAAAUGUUUGUACUUGGAGAGCAAAGUCUACCAGAGCCAGUUUUCUUAUCUAUGUACACAUGGACAAUAAAGCUGAUGCUGAUUCUGAUAUCAUAAACUUAAAUACCAUACUGUUGUUGGAUCAAUAUUAGGAGAUAACACAGCUGCAGGGGGGUAAAAGUAACGUUUUCUUUAACCAUGCCUAGCUUUGGCUGUUCCUGCUAGCAGGCUCUAAGCAAGCCUUUUCUUGGUAUGAUUUGUUUUCUUUGUGUUUUUAAUUCUUAAUUAAUUCUGGGGAAUAAAAAGAUGUGUGUUUAAAAAUGAGGUUGAAAGGUCAGCCUCUUGCUUAACUACCUCUGAGGCCAAAAGUAAGAAUAUUCAAGCACUGCAGCAGUAUUUUUUUUGCUGAUUUUAUAUUGUCCAUUUUCAUCGUUAGUUUCUUUUUUUGCGCAUUAGUCUACUCAACAUGAGAGUGACUAUGCAUCUGUCUAGUUUAUGAGUAAUGAAUCUGCCCAACUUGACAUUUAAAAGACAAUCCUGUCGUAACGUUGAUGUCAGGUGUGAAAUCUUUUGACCAACUGUCUCCGCCAUUAAUACCAUCUUCACUUUUGACUGCCAGGAGCAGUUACUCCAGCAGUUCAGUGCAAACCGUGUGGCUGAGUCUCUCGUCUUGUCUCACCAGCUGUCCACUUUCUUUCAGAGCUCACAUUAUUAGAUUGUGUUUGUGCAUUUUCAGCUCUGAGGCCAUUCUUAAAUGACCCAGCCAGCUAGAGAAACUGUAAUUUAGUCUCUUCUGCAGCACACUCAGUGUUUCACAUCAAUUAUGGACAAUUACCAAAAUAACCAUCAACAGAUUGUUGUCUAGCUCUGGAAGUGGAAUUCCAGAUUGUGAGCCUCUCCCUCCCGCUCUCUGCUCUCUCUGAGUCUAAAUCAAUGCAGAUGUUCCGGUAUGGUCUCGCAGCGAUAAUUACUGUAACAAGCAAAUCAUUAGUAUGUGAAUAGAGGCAGCUUAUACAAAUACACCACCGGGUGUUACUUUCACUUGUUAAUACUUAUUCUCUCAUUAUACUUUUGGCGGUUUGUGAGUCAACAUGAUGCAAUGUGAACUUGCGAAAGGUUUAAAGCUCUUUUCCUGCUCUGAGAAAAGCCAAGGUGUUCAUUAUCACUGUGAAAUCCCAUUUAAAGAGCGAUGUGUAGCCUAAGGUUUUUAUGGAUUUUUUUUCUUACUUUUUAUAAUGUCUGAAGUUUGUCUGCUGAGGGUUUCGUCUCCUUGAAAGAUGUUUGCUGUCUGAAAUAACUUUUCCAUACCGGGGCCGUGCAGAACUGUUAACAUAAAGAUAAUUAUCAGAUUUUUGGUGCCUCCAGUUAUUUGUUUGUAAAAUAACGCUAUAAAAUUAAGAGUAAAAUCAAUUGUGCAAAUAUUUAGAUGCGUGCAUUCGUCCACUAGAGGCAACGACAUGAAAGCUUUUAACUUGAUGUGGUAUGAAUAGAUGAGAAAUGUUUUUUAAAUUCUCAAAAAUCGACAUGAUCUUCAGACAGGUUAGAGCAAAACAUGAGAUUCAGAUGCGUUCAGAUAUCCAGUAGUUCCCCAUUUCCAGCUUUAUUUAAACAACGUCUUUGGACUUGAAGCCAUCAUCUUAUUUGCGACUUCCUCUCACCAGCAAACUGAAGGUCAGCUGGACGGUUCAGCACACAGAGCUCUGUGCUCAUUAUUACUAUUAUGGUGCAUGAGGGAUAUGCAUGCUUUAACAUCCAUCUCUGUUGUAGCAGCUCCCACAGGGGGGACAGAGCCUGUGUUCUGCUGCUGGUCAGAAAAAUACAAACAGUGAAGUAUUGUGACUGUAUCAGACCAGCUGGCUUUGUGUUUGUGAAUCUUGCGGCCUGCAGAGAUCGUCUGCUCCACACCUCAAGAUGUCCUUUAACGGCGAGCUAAUAGGCGUGUAACUCCUUACUGCAUAACUGCACAAUAUUGGUGUUACUUUGUCUCUUUGUUGUUAUAAACCAACAGGCCAAGACUCAGAAAAGAUCUCUUUCACCGCAAAAAAGUGUGGAGAAAUAUUAUAAAAAGUAAUGUAAAGACUUUAUCUGUUUUUUAGGUUUUUAGGAAAAGCAAAAGAUAAUUUCUUAGAAGAAUAAAUGUAUAAGAUAAUAGUUACUCAGAUGAUUCCUACGAGUUUUAUAAAUGUUGACAUGCGUAAACACACGGAGCAAAAGUAAAUGCCUCUCUUUCUUAACUUUUCUGAAAACAGUCUAAGUCACAUUCAUAGGUAAUAUCAGGGGCUGAAACUACAUUUUCAACUAAUACAAUAGCCUUACAGUUUGUUUUAGCGAAAAUACUUCAUCAAUAUUGCAAAUAAACAUAUAUAAUUGCAUUGUUCUUUAUCCUGUAAUUAUCCUACUGUGGCAUGUUAUGAUUCAAGCCUUUAUUUUUGACAGACAGCUGCCCCCAUAUGGAAGCCAAAAACAAUUUCCCAGAGGCCAGGCAAACCAUAGCUAGCUUCAUUGUGAGAACAAAGAACCAUUGGUAUUAUUCAUAAUUAAACUCUUAUUGUGUACUCCGCUGAAUAUUUCCAUUCUUCUGCCUCUCCUGCUCACUCUCGUUUCCCCUCUCGGUACUUUGCACCUCGUGCUGGGAACAUCUGUCUGGCGUCAGAGAGGAGCCUGGUUGUGCAGAUUGGAGCAGGUAGAGGAGCACAUUGUAGCCCAGCUAAUGAUGAGAGUGUCUGCCCUCUCUCUUGGAGGAGACGCAAGCUGCUGCUUCACGCUCGCUCACUCCACUCAUACGCCCAGGGAAACAGAUUUCCAAACAUAUGCAGUAUGUUUUUAAUCCAGUUGAGCACUUCAUUUCCCAGCAAACACAAAUAACCUUACGGGACAUCCAUAUCUUAUGACAAGGGGGUGGGCGCAAAGGAAUUGAACAAUUUUCCUUUUUAAUGUGAUUUUUUUUUUCCCUCCAAAGUUGCUAAACAUGCUCAUAACCCAGGUUAACAGUUUGCUUGUUUAUGGUUUCACAAACUUUUGCAUAGCAGUGCCUCCUGGCUCCGAGUCAUACGAAGCAACUUCAUCCAAUCUUGACUCCACUUAGUGCACCUGUUGUCAUCCUUUGUUUAAACUUUAACUGACAGCAUAAACACAUGCUCAUUGUGAGGAAUGACAUAAAAAAUUUGAACAGAUUGUUGUCAAUAAUAUAUCUUUAUGUGCAGAGUAAACUCAGCGCCUGUUCACGGUGAGUGAUUAAGAGUUUUGCCAGAACUUAUAGACACACUUUUUGUCUCAAGAAAUCAUUUAGAAGCCAGAAAACAACUUGUAUUCUGUAUUAUAAUACAAUAACUCUAUUCAUUACAGACCUAUGUGUAUAUAUAUCCCAGCUUAAAUUAGAUUUACCCUGAUAUAGUUUACAUGCAGGUCAUUCAUCUUUUUUUCAAAAGUAUCCGAAAACUCCCUCGGUACAAGUCAACAAUAGCCCUUAACAUGGAGGCCCAGCUGGAGGUGCUUAACAUUUAGAGCAGCGCUCAUCCUGCUGUCAGCUACAGCCAGACAAAUGUCAGAGGUGCUCCUACAUGGAGUUCAGCUGGUGGAAGUCAUUUUCUCCUAAAACCUCAUCAGAGUUUGCUAAACAGCCUUUCAGUCAGAUUCGGGGGCUCGUGUUUCUUUUUAGCUGUUUUAUCUCCUGUAGAGUGCGUGGAUUAGAGUGGGACCAGGUCAUACUCUUACAUUAGUUUAUGAAUGUGUUUGCUGUGUGUAUACAUGAGUUAUGUGCAUAUAUGUGCGACAGUAUGUGGAGCUUCAGCCCCCAUGUAUGCCUCGACUUAGGUUAUGAGUAUUCGCCAGUGCAUCAAAUCUGGUGCUAAAUCAGUUAGCCCUCAACAGUCAACGGGUUUCAGGUACAUAACAGUAACAAACAUCAACAGUGUGGUGAAAGCAGAGCUUAAUGUUAGCCAAGGCUAGCAAAUAUUAACAACCAGCGUUUAUCCACCAGUUUUAUUUUAUCGUUUUCUGUGCCAAGAAAUCAGAAUCAGUGCAAGGAGGAGGAACACUGUAAGAAAAUCUCCAAAAACGUAUAUUUGCGUGACCUGCUGUUAAUGUGGACUCUCCCCAAUAGCUCCCCUUCAUCUGGAUCCCCCUGUUUUAGCAUACAAAAAGCCUGUAAUAACACUAUUGAUCUUAUCUUACAUGCAGCUUAUUAACAAACAGGUUCUUCUUCAGUGUGGGCUGUUGCUCUCACUGUUCUCCGCCACCUAAAGGGAGAAUUACAUAAGAAUCCUCCGCUCAAUUGUCAGCUCCAUCCCCCGUCCACAUACAACAAACACACACUUAAACACACACGCACACACUCGCGCACACACACAACACUGUAGCUGAUAACCUACAGAGCUUCUUGCCAUCUCUAUAACAACUGACCUCCCUGCUGUGGUUGCUGUGGUGAGAUGAUCGAGGAGGUUUUAACGCAUGAAGAACGUGAGCUGCCAUGGUUUCCUGUCAGAAGCUGUGAUUACUAUUCGGACUGUGAGGGAAUAAUCAUCCAUAAAUUAUUGUUUUCACACAUUGUCUUAUUCUUAUUGAUUUAGCCACAUAAACUCUGGCUUGGGAGGAGGAGAAAUUCGUACUGCAUCUCUUUAUAAAUUCAUAUGAUUUCAGGAAGAGGGCCUGCUGCGUGUCAGUCAGUGCACUACAUUAAUUUCUACCCUGCACACUGUCCUGGAUAUAUCAUGAUUACUCUCCAAGAAAACAAGGACAACCUGGAAAGCCCUUUUUGAUCCAGUCUGUCACACUAUAGCCUAGUAAGGAAAAAAAGAACAGAUUGGACCUUCUCCAUGCAAAUGCAGUUUUAAAAACCAGUAGCUCUGCACGCAUAAAGGCGCUUCUUUUAAUAUGUGCCCCCUUUCUUCACACCCACGACCAUUGUGUAUAAAAUCCUGUUUUUCCUGAAAAGAUUUCUAGUCGCAGCCGCAGACAAUGUUCCCCCACACAAGCUGUCGUCUUUGUCAUACACCCCCCCCCCCCCCCCUUCCCUCCACUUCAGUCAGUAAAGCAGGAUCUCUGGCAGUCAGCCCUGCGUGCAAAUUUGUGCGUUUCAGGGUACAGGUGGGGGGCUCGCUGAUGUCUGCCUACCUGUUCCCCUGUAAACUGGUCAAUUUUGACUGACACGGACAUGGGGGGAAAAGCAGCCUGUUAGCCAGAAGGGGGAGAGAAAAUGGGCGGGUAAAUGAACAAAUGUCAGGGUUAGUGGGGGGCUGCUGGGGUCGCGGCUGUGGAAAAUGCUUCCUCUCAGGGGUGUCUCUUGAUAGGGUACGGUGAAGGGGAGUGAGGCAUGCUGAUAAAAACAACUCACUAACAAUUAUGCUCACCUAAAAUAGCCCUUACUUAAGUAUAUAGUAUGCUUGCCAGUUAAUUGUACACAAAAACAAAGACUUCACAAAAGACCUCCAGCAGCCAAUGUAUUUUCUUGUAUUUUGGCAUGAUAAUUAAGUGUGACAGCUAUGUAUGCACAGUUGGCACAUAUUAAUGGCCUGUCUAAUUCUAUGUACUGAUUAUGAUUGUUUGUAUUUUCAAAGUUGUACCACAGUAUAAAAUUAGAAAACCACUUUAGAGUGUAGGAAACUACGAAAUACUGUAUAAGGAAACAGUUACAGGGUUAAUGUGAGUGAAGUUAGAUUGAGCACUGACUGUGCCAGAACAGUGCAACUGGAAUCUACUGUAAUUUUAUAAAUAGACUUAAGAGUGUGUCGAUCAGUGUUAGAAAGCUUGCUUAAGGUUUUUUAAAUCGCCUGUCAUUGAAAUUUUAAGUAUGCUGUGUGUUACGACUGUUAAAUGAUAAUUGCACCUAUUUUGUGAGCAUUUUUUAAGUAUUUGACGAUGAGAAAAUGCACAUGAGCUGAGUCCAUUUAAUGCAGAUUAAAGCCCAUUUCAGUUUCUGAAACGAGCAUCUGACUGAAUUGGGGUUUAAUGACAGCGUUCCUAAUAUUCUAAGAAGAUAAUUAUUUUCAUAAUGGAAAGCGAAAAGCCACCAUCAAUACAAUGCAUUCAGCUUGAGCCAAUAUUUCAUUCGUCCAUCCUUGAAUAAUUUGUGUACCAUUGCUACAUUUCCUCUGAAUUGUUCUCUGGAUUUGUUCAAGUUGUGCUUAUUGAUAUGCUGUAGGACUAACAACCAUAGAAUCUACCAAGACCUCUGAUCUGUACUAUUGACCAUUAUCAUAGCCAAGAGGUCUGUUACAAUGUGGUAUUUUUAUGCUACAGUUUGUGAGAAACCUGUUUACAUUCCAGGGUGCUGUAUAGUUCACUUCUCUGCGCUGCUCAGUCGGAUUCCAAAGCACUGUAUAGAUUUCUUUCAGCUGAUGAAAUUAAAAAGACAGCAGUGUGUGUGCGGUGUGCCUUCCAGCUACGCGAUUUGCCUGUGAGUUCACGAUACGGGUUGAGAGGGGAGUUCCUUUGGGGGGGAUUAAAUAGCUCCCUCUCUUCCUUCCCUCCUCCCCUGCCCUCCAUACUUGCAGAACACAAACAGCUUGCAGGGCUGUACAGUACUUGUACAGCAUGUUUGCCACAGUGCAGCUCACAGGUAACAAUAAGCCAAGGUCAAAGGUUAAGAGGGAUUGUGGAGCUCAGAUUCUUGUGUGUUCCUCUGGCAAACAUUGUGCAUGCAGGCACAGGAAACAGAGCCCAUGGUAUUGCUGGGAGAAAGAAAAAGUGAGAAACAGAGCAGGCAAGUUGGCUCGGAAGAGAUGGGGUAUGAAAAGACCAAUACCAGGGCCAGUUUCACAGAGAAAUUUUGGACUGGUCUAUAAGGUUAGGAUAGUCAAAACUCUAUUUUCUUAUACAAGUUUUAUAUCAGUUUGACAAAUACCCAAAAAGAAAAAAGACGGAUAAUAAGAUUUCAAAUCUUUCCUUCCACAACACCAACUGCUAAGGCUGUCCACUUGAGAAAAAAGACAGAAUUCAUGGUGAAGGGAAAAACCGACCUAUUUAUGCGACCUUUUAACUGGGGUCAAAAGUAAUAGAGUAGCGUUUGAUUUUGACUAUUUUAUGGGAUGGGGAGGGAUGUCAACAGAAACGGAAGUCUUUCAAGCACUACGAUUACCAUCUCUAGGAACAAAGUGUGUGUACGUACUACGGCCGCACAAUGCUCUCUAAAAGUAAGACAAAGAUUGACAAGAGAUACCGUAUGGACUCCAAAGAAAAGGGACACUAUCAUUGUUAGGAGAUACCAGCAGUUGCCAGAGGAUGAUAAGACUCCGAAGACUGCAACCCUUUCCCUUACAGGGCCACACACCUAUCUGCAACCCCUCCCCCUUGGAAGAAGAAUCUCUUUGGCUCGAAGCACUUGUGGACUCUGGAGCUGUGGGUAACUUUGAGAUUAAUCCUUUGCCAGAAAACUGUCUGUUCCUAUAACCAAGUGUUUCAUGGAGCUGAUAGUUUAGGCUGCAGAUAGAAAAUCAGUUGGUUAAGCUGUGGUCCAGUUCCAAACUGUCCCCAAGCUGUGAGCCACGCAAGACUUUCAACAAGAUGACAGUAUCCUUUGAAUUCGUGAGUACCUCCUGAUCCCUGGCGUUCUCUUGUACUUGUUUCUUCAAUAUACUCAGUCCCCUCAUCUUCUCUUCUCUUCUUGGAGGUUUUAGUAUCUGUUGUGCUUAGCCUCGAGUAAAAAGGUCUCCAUCGUCACAACCAGGUCCAUUCCAAGGAUCAGUAUCGGCUCUUAAUGUUACCCCAGAUUACCAUCACCUGGUUGAGGUCCUUACCAAUCAGAGACUUAAGCUGUAUUCACACAUUCACAAAACCUCCUGGAUUUUUGGCAUUGGCCGUAUGGAUUGAUGCAAAGUGCAGAGUUUUUCACCCUGACUUGACCUGGGCUGGAGAAUUCAUUGCAAGCAAGGCGACAGGGACGACAACAUUUUAAACCAUGCAACUGGUGUGAAUGCAGAAGAGCAACAUGAUUAGAAAUUUCCAAUAACAGAGGUACAGAUCACUUUCAAGAUGAGUACUUCAAAGAUGCUGCAAGUAGCACUGAUAGAAAUGACUCAGAAAAGUCGAUACCCAUCAAGUUCCAUGAAGGAUCUCAAGUAUGGUUCUUCUAAAUGACCUGCUAGUGCUAGAUAUUUUACUUUGGUGGAAAGAAAAGCUAGGGAUACUAUCAUUGCAUCAAUUAUCUUUGUUUCUCCUAUAUUUCAGACAUUCAAAGAUGCCACAAUUUACAACAUUGAUCAACUCUAGCUUCAUUAUUAUCAGACAAAAAGGAGAAGAAGAAAAAGACUAACAAACCGAGUGGCCUUGAUAAAUAUCUGUUCAUGCCUUUGGGGCUGGUAAACACUUCAGCUGCUGCAUCAAGAAUUUGUCAAUUAUAUUCCAAGGCACAUACAUUACAGAUAAAGGAUUAGUAUUUGUUGACCUGGUUUACACCUUAGUCUAUUUGAGGAAUCUUCAGCAGCAAAUACUGCACUUGUCCUUGUGAUGUUGUUGUAGAGCUCAAUCAAUCAUCGUCUUUCUGUGAAGUUGAAGAGGUCUCUAUCAUGUUCUCUCAGCAUUCAUAUUAGUAAAGAGCAGUUAAGGAGUAGCUUUAUAUGUUGUAUUUUACUUUUUUUUUUAAGCAACCUCUGUUUCUUACCACUCCUUGAAAAGCUAUCUGAGCACUUGGGAUGUUGUCUUUCAGCACAAACUUUUGCUAGUUGGUACCAGAAUAUUAAAUAUUUUAUUAUUGAAGGUGAGAAUGGGAGUUGUGUAUUAUGAGCUGCUCAGCCGCCUACUACCUGCCCGGGUCGGAACUGCGGUUCGUGGCUGCUGCCAUAAUGCUACAAGGGGUUCAGGUACAGUGUGUAAAAAUGGGAAUAUUUACUGGUGUAUGUUACCAACUGGGAUGCCCAACUGUGGUACCGGUUUAUGUGGGGGUGGCAUUAAGUACAGAGUCCACACACCUAUACAUAGCAUUCAUUGCAGCUGUUGUAGCUAGGGACAUAGGUUUAGCUACUGGUAUUUUAACGUGAUAAGUGCCAUAUCUGCAGGGCUGAUAUCACCAUUUUCUUUCCAAAUGAAAAAUGUAUUUGACAACAUAUCGAAUCUAAAUCAGGAACUAGCUAAUGUUUAAAAUGAAUUCUGCUUUAAUAUGAAGAAUAACGUUAUGUAAUAAUUAUGUUGAUAUUUUUCUUUCUUUAUAAUUGUCACUGGGCAGACAUCCAAAGUCCCUCGUGCCAAUAUUUCUCUGAGAAAAAAUAUUUUCCAUCUCCUUUUUUUUAAUAAAACACUCACUCAAGCUCAGCAAUUGUUUUUCUAAUUUUGGUAUGAUUAUUAAUAAUGUAAUAUAGAUAUCAUAUUGGUUAUUGGCUACUGCUCUGUCAUCAUCAGAAUCAAUAUCAGUAUCGGCUGUUAAUAAAUUGAUAUCGGUCAACCACUAGUUGUAACAUUUGUCCAUACAGUUUAUUUAAACAUGGUUGUAGUUGUAUAUUUUGAGUAGUUAGUAUCCAUAUCAUAACAAACUAAAACUUAAACUAAUACUGAAAGAAAGAAAUACAUGACGUCAAACCAAAAACAGCUUUAAAAACAUAUUAAUAACUAAAAUAAAACUGGGAAACAUGCUGUCUUUGAGCUAUACAGAGAAAAACAACAGUCCUGUCAGUUAUACUAGGAACUAUAUUGUAAUGUGAACUGAAAUGUAAAUACAUUUUUUAAAUGAAUAUCAUUUUUUUUCCCAUCUGAUUUUACUUGUUUGUUCAUUUAAAUGAAGUAAAAGUAGGGAAAGAGGCCUAUAUUGGUUCAUGAUGAUUCCGGUGAUAUUACUAUGGCUCCACUACAGGAAAUGUUCGGAAUACAGAAGCCUCAAGUGUUUGGAUGGGUUUGUGAGAGUGGGGUCCAUUUUCAAGAGUUUGUCUGGAGCCCAACAGACUUUUAGGCUGUUAUUCUGUCAGAGUAUAUCCUAGCUACCUGCUGCUUUUCCUUUUUAUAUGGAUGAUCACAGAAACCUUUUUGUACCUGCAUACAGUGUACAAGUAAAGGUACAUGUGUAAUAAGAGUUAAGUAGUUUGUGUCUACAGGAUGAAGCACUCCAGUUAAUUUAUUAUCUGAUCUAUUAAAGAGACAUUAAUACAAGUGUGUUCACGUGUACUUAAUAAAGCAAUGUAUAUUGACUGUGGGGCUGGAAGGAUUUUAAAUACCUGUAUAUACUCGGCAGAAGAGAAGAAAUCGAGCUGCUGAUGCCUUAAAAUUAUAUACAAUUAUUUCAGCCUUCUUUUCUUUAAUCUAUUUCCUUUUAUUUGAAAACAGAGUUUACCCACUUUAAACCCUAAACAGUUUCCUGUCACUUUAUAUUCACAAAAUCUACUGCAGUUUGAGGAAAAGGAUGAACCUGGAUGUCUGUCUGAACUCUGUUGGUUAGAUUUAAGCCAUAGUAAAAUCUUGUCUUGAUAAAACCAGAUCCCUUCCUCCGUCAGGCUCUUUGAACGAGAAGGAGAUUAUCCAUUUAAUCUCUUAAUCAUGCACACUGUAUACAUAGUUGGUGCUGUGCCUAAAACCUCUGUCCUGAACACAUGUAUUAAAGCCACCUUUUGCAACGAAUUCCUCUAACCCCCAGACUAAUCAGGUUCGAGCUGACACUAUUACACACAUUUCUCUUCAGCUGUCAGUUUAUUGUACCCUUGGUGCCCUGUUAAAAUGAAAGCCAGACCAAUGGUGCAUAAAAUGGAAUGUGGAAAUAUGUAGAUUUUGAAAUACACCUUUUAAAACCCCUCGUUCUCGCAAAUGUAUUCAUAAUAAAGGCAGAUGUUUCAUAACAUCAGGUUACUGUACAUUUUGCACAGUAUAUGUUCCCCAAAAGUAGGAAUUAAUAAUGAAGAUGCUUUUUGGCCUGAAAUUGCUAUUAAAACAAUUAUGUACUUAGUUUCUUCCAACAAAUGCAUUCCACAUUAUUGUUUUGCCUCAUAGCAAAGCACCCAAAAGACUAAAACCUUUCAUUUCAGCAAAGGCCGCUAUUGGUCACCGUCAAUAAAAGCAUAAAAGCAUUUAUUUCCCACGUUUGUCAAAUUAACAGCAUACUCCAUCUCCCAUAGGACUUGUAAGGUUCAUUAACCUUUCUGUGAAGUGGGACAGGUUUCCAGCAGUUACCAUAACCUCUGUCUCGCUCCUGCCUCAAUUAUAAUAGAAGAAUUAAACAUCCAGUGAUUCAAAACAGAAAUGCUGCCUCUUAAAUCCCUUUGUACCAGCUCUCAGUUGUUAAUGACUAAAGACACUGAAUGAACUGUGGAGUUAUCAACAGAUAAAACUGUGGACAGAGGCUGAUCAAAUAGCUACUUUUAACAGCAGGGAUUACUGACAAUACAUGUGCCGGUUUUGUUUGAUAGCCAGAUUUCAGUGUUUUACAGUUACUGUUCUGCUUUAAAUCUGUAGGUUGCUUUUGUUCUCCUGGAAACAAACAGUGUCAAGACUACAUGUAAAUUUUAUUCGGUUAAAACUUGAGGGUUAUUUAAGUGUAUUAAAGUAUUUCACAGGGUACAUCAAAAUGUUCCCAUUUCCUGCAGCCCCUCCAAAGUCAAAAGAUUAGACUGACCUUGAACUAAUUAAGUGGUCAAUUACACGCCUGUUGAUCUUUUUUAAUUUCUUUUAAUUAGAUUAAUUGUGUGGGCAAAGAGUUCGUUUUCUUGUCCACCUACUCCUCCUUCAUCACACACCUCUAUUCUUACUUUUUUUGCCUCCUCCACCUCCAUGCAAAGACCUUCUACGUUUAUGUUGGACUAAACUAUUGGCUGUGUUAAAACAUUAAUCUGUCUUUUCCCGUCCCACACACCUACAUCAAAACCCAGUACAUACAUUUCUACCUACAUUUAUAUCUGUACUGGUUUACUUUCUUGGUGUAUUUAUGGUCUCUCUUCCUGAAACCGCUGUAACCACAGAGCAGCGAGGCCUGUUGCUUGUGUGUUUGUGCCUACUGAUGCUACUCGUAGGCAAGCUCCGGCUGGGAUUUUCCAGUGCCACCCCCGUCAGUGGGAAGCCCUAUAUGGGGACAUGUCAGCGCCUUGUUUGCUUGUUGUGCUGAUGAAGCUGGGGGUGGGGCGAGUGGGCAGCCUUGUUCAGGUUCCAGGAUUCCCUUAAAAAAAAAAAUGAGUCAGCCAGCCCCCACUCAAACCGACUGUUACCUUGGGAACUCAAGCUUGGGUUUCCCUCAACAGUAGUUAAGUACAGACUCAUCAGCACCCAUACUUGCUUACACACACAAAGAGAACUGUAGGGGCUUGGAAGAGGCACCCAGAUUAAAUGAAAUUAUCUUAUUAAAAUGCUCUCACUUUGGCCUUUACUCUGCCCUGUUAGGCCCAAUCUGCUCUAUGUGAAUGAGAUGACCAACCCAGCACGGCUCACCUUGUUAAAUUGUAGUGUAUGCAAAUUAGACUAACUAGAUGAGUCUAAUAAUGAGUUUGGGUGGCUAGUUUCCUAAACCAGUGGUUUGAGUAAUAAUUUUCUCCCCUAUUAAUGAGCCAGACCAGUGUAGUGUAGGUUUAGUACAUCAGACUGUGUCUGUAUUGUCAGUGAUGGUUGAAGUUCACUUAAUAACUGGACUGUUUAUGUAUCCAACACAGUUCAUUACCAAAGCCAAAUGAGUUCCUUCACUGAAGCCAUUAGUCUAGCAGGCUAUCGGUUAGUGGGUUAAUUUGUUGAUGCACUGAAGCAGAUCAAGGGUGACUCCCCCACUCACAUUCACCCUGUCCUGCUGAAGCCAAUCCACCCCGCUCAGCUGAUCACCAUUAGGUUGCUUUAACAACUCGUCAUCCCAAACUCAAGCCCAUUUAACUCAAACAUGAUCCUCAACUACACAGCUUUACCAGAUUAAAAAAGACAUUAAAUUCAUAUUUUUUGAAUAAUUUUGUAAAUAUAUAAAAUCUGGGAUUAAACCACAAGGGAAGUUAGAUUACGGUGUGUACUUGGGUAUGAAUAAAUGAAUUGGGAAAAAAUGAAUGGGGGAAAAAAAACAUACCUUUCACAUACUAUAACUGCCUAGCAAUACCAUAGGAUGUAACAUACCAGCUGCUCAACUGAGAACCAAAGGUUGCCUGCAACUAAAUAAAGGCUGGCAUUUAUCCCAGUUUAUGCAUCACUUGGUUGUGCCAAAGUUUGUUUUGUGCCAUCCUUAUCCAUCUGAGAAGUGUAGUAUGACCUGCAAAGGCCACACCGCAGCUUUUGAAGAACACUGGAGAACAUUCAGUGCAGAAAUCAGGUGUUGCUGAAGUUCACAGCAAUGUUGAAAAGGUGAAGCCAUCUGUCGGCUUAGCUCUGAUGCCAUUUUUCAGUUUGUGGUUCACUCUGCACAGUUAUUUUGCUACAGUUAUAUGGACACAUACAGAGGUUUGGUGUCUCUUUCCUCAGUUAAUUCUAAGGAGAAGAACUAUGAAUUAUUGUCAUUAGUAAUAGAACCCAUUCAGCUCAAAGUAACCAAAGUAAGUAUGGCACACAUGCAGAUUAUAAGAGACUUUAUAGACCAUUGCAGUAAAGAACUGGUAUUUACCACCAGUUGUGGUGUUAUCAGUUAUCUGAGCCUGACUAACUCAGUGGUGAUGACGUCCCACUUAGCUUAUUCCCCCAAAGACAAAGUCACCAGGCUUAUCCUACAUUCAUGACCCAAUACCAGUCCACUGGACCGAACAGCUUCACCAGUCUAUCAAACUUAAGUUAUGUACCUACACUUAUCCCUGGGGUAAUGCACAUGGUCAACUUCUCUCUGUCAACAGGCUUUUUUUGUACUGCAUUCAAGGACGUGCAUGUCAGCCCCACUGCUAAAAACCAUCCUCAACCCACCCUUUGUUGAAAACAACUGAGCAGUUUCACCUCUGCCUUUCCUGUCAGAAGUACUUGAGCUUACAGUCUUUAACCAGGUCUCUGAGUUCCUGCACAACAAAGACAACGUCUUUGACCCAAAUCAGUCCGGCUUGAAGCAGCGCUGCUCUACUGUUAACUGCACUUCUGUUGGUAAUGCAGAUGCAGGAACAUUUUCAGUACCAUCUCAGUUCUGUUGCUGCCUCCUCGCCACUCUUUCUGAGCUUGGUAUCUCAGGAUUUGUCUUUCAUUGGUUCAUGUCCGACCUAGCAGGGAGGUCUUUGGAAUAUCAUAGAGUAGAGGUGCGAACCAUUUGCCUUAUUAACAGGAGUGCCUCAGAGUUCAAUGUUUGGUCCCUUCUCCUUUUACUCUCAUGGCAGGGAUGAGAUUUGCUUGUCCCAUCAAAAGUUGAUCUUCUUGUCACCUCAGCCAGUUCUUCUAUGUAACCACAGAUUAAUACCAAGGUUGGGUCAACUAUACUCAUGCCCAGUAAGCCCACCCAGAGUCUGAGUAUCAAGAUUGAUGACUAGCGAACAUUUUAAGGGAUUGCUUUUGUUGUUUUUGUUGUUGUUUGUUGUUUGAAGCAGGUUUUUUUGGUCAAUAAUGAAAGUUACUUCUUUUUAAUUUAAUACUAUCAUUAUUUUUCUCAGAAAGAGCUGGGCAGCAGACUUGAUGACACUUUGGAUGACAGCUGUGAGACAUAGAGAAACAAGUUCUUCCAAAUUGCUGCUAUUGGUAACUGGCAUUAUUGAAUUCCCACUGAGCAUUUUUUGGUCUAAAAGAGGUCUAAUAGACAUCUAAAUGUAGCCUAGAUAACUGGUCUAAAAUCAGGCUACCAUGGGUCUGAAUUUAGACCAAGUCUAAUCUGGGCUAUAUCUAUACUACAUUGUAUAUUGCUCAACGGCGAUCAUAAUUAUUUUGGUUAAGUACUUGGAGAUCAGUUAUGCAACUCACAGUUGCGUUUUGGGAUAAACAGCGAUCGAAUAACGGGUCAAAGUGCAACGUCUAGAUUCCUUCUAAAAAUAUACAAGAUCUAGACGGUUGAAAUUAGGUCUAAAAAAAAAAACUAGACAUCUCAUAGCCGUCUAUUGCUCAGUGGGUUACUAUACACCAAACAAAUUUUAGUAGGCUUACAGUAUCAGACAACAUGACGUGUUAGUCUAAACUUUGCCCCUGCGCCACAACCGCCCCAAGAUGGCUUUUCUGAGGUCUCGGCCAAACACUGACCAGUGACUCUGGAGGACUGGAUGCAUCUGCAGGGUGAGACAGCCUGACAAGUGGUUUAUGCCCUUUGUGUGGAGUGGCAAAAUGGUCAAAGGAACAACUGAGUGAUUGCCCAGUGGUUGGCAUCUUCAGAUUCAAGGCACUGCAACACCUUACUCAACUGUCUUGUCUUUUCUUAGGAUCACCUUCAACCUUCUGCAGUUAUGGCUGGAGUUGUUGUUAAGGGCUGAGUGUAUUUUGUCAUUAAACUGUUGAAUAUCAUGCCAAGUACACUCAAAAAGUCAAAUGACCCCACUGCUCUCCUUUCACUCAUUAAAAUGGAAAACCUCGGCCCUACUUAUUUCAAAUCCAGACACGGCAGAUUGCAGUGAAAUCCUGCGUCCUUUUGAUAACUUAGUCCCGUGUUUGAGCAGUUAUGCGUUUCCUCAUUCCACUUGGGAGGGGAAAAAAACAGUCUUUAACCUGUAAACGAUGAGAUCCUUAGGAGACACAGACUUUUAAUUCACAAUAACCCUGCAAAUGAAUGGGCUGAUUACUGAGGCGAAGAUGAGGAGGCAGUCAUAAGCACUUGGCUUGAGUGGAAUAGGCGAAGGGGGGGGAGGGGUGGCUGUGGCGGUACAAGUCCAGCCUCAGAAAUAGAGCUGUGAACACCAUCUGUCAUGCUCUCUCUCCCCGUCUGUUAGCCUGACUGCAAGUAAAAGGGAGAAUGAUGCUCUCAGAACUGCAUUAGAAGGACGUGGGUGCUGAUUGUCGUAGGUGUGGGUUUACAGGGUGUGCAGCAGAGGGGGAGGGAAGCAGUGGAUAUACAAGGAGGUGCAUGAGUAACCGACAAAGGGAAGCACUCACCCACACAGAGAAAGGAAAGGGUUCUUGGGCAAGUGGGUAUUCCUGGUGAAACCGCACCCCUGCACCCACCCACCACCUCCUCACCGACUCCUACCUAUUGGCUCUUUCCGAGGAUUCCUAGCGGAAGUUAUGUAGACACAUUAUACAAACACACCGCUCGUGUUCUACUUUAAGGCCUGGAGGAGUUUACAAAUCACGCAUUGUAUUGUUAAGCAAGAUGAUACCUGUAGCACCAACUUUGGGCAUCCAUUUUUAGACCAAUAGGAAGUACAUCCAAGUAAUGAUCUUCCUAAAAAGUUCAGGGAGGGUAAAACUGCUCUGAACUCUGAACCAAUUCUGAUUCUUUGUUCUGAUUAUGAUAAAUCAGUUGGUCUGUAUCAGCUUUUAUGUGGAACAGAGAGCCAGAGUUUUUUGCUCUGAAUAUUGGUGGUUGAAGUGUCAGGCUAUUACAUGACCCACAGAAAAAGCUCUGCUGCAGUGCUUUUUCCAGAUUUUUAGAAUUAUUCAUCGCUCAUAUCGUGUAGGUUGUUCGGGAUCCUUUUUGCUUUUGACUGAGUCAGAGAGUGAAAUAGAGUCAGUAAAACACGAAGGCAAGCUGGGCCACGAUGAACAACAGAAAAAGGCAGGAUGGAGUGUACUGAACAUCACAGCUGGACUGUUUAGAAAGAGGUUACAAGCUCCUACAGAGCAAAUAAAGUAACCUUCAGCGACAACAAUCCAUCUGCAUUUUUACAUACAUAGUAAAUCUUCUCUUCUGAGUGUCUGUUUUUAUUGUUACGCAGUUCAUUCCAACAACUACUUUUAGGUCAAGACAUCUUGUAGAGACUCUGUAAGAGGGCAGGUUUCCUGUCGCAAUACUCAGACCCUUCAUCUGAAAGUUUGUGUCCCUACUCACUACACCCCCUGCUGCCACAAACGCACCAGUUUACGUCUGGACCCUCUCUGUCAGUGUUGUCACAGUUCAAAACAACAUUAAACUCAUCAAUCAGACCCCUAGAUAAAAAACAAGUUUGCUUUUUUUUUAAAAUUCAAACAAAUUGCAAACAAAAAUAAAGUUAUGAAUCUGCAGGAUUUAUUGAUAAUAUUGUUCAGAUGUACUUUUUUGUCCAUAAAAAGUCCUGGCCUUUGCUGAUUUCUCUCCUGUUCCUGCCUGUUUGUCUCCACAUCUAAGUCUUUAUAUUAAAAUUAGUACGCACUUCCUGAAAGACUGACAUGCUUUCGAGUACGAUGAUCCUCUCUGCGCGGUAUGUUAAGUAACAAACAGCCAUUUUGACACUUUCAGUUUUUAUCUCGGUCAGUUCCUGCGUCUCCCACACUGUUCACUGUGUGAUUCACUAUCACAGCUACAGGAAUGGGCAUUCCCCUUGUAUGAGAGGAUGCACAGUCACAUUUUGUUUCAUUAAAUAACUCUGGAAUUACUCUCCUUCUCUAAAAUUAUUAUACCAUUGGCGUUUUUUCUCCAGGUGCAGUCUGAUGAUCUGUAUGAUGAGUUACAUCUUGAUGAUUGUCAGAGUGUAAGAUUCAGUGGGAGGAUUAGAGAUUAGUGGUUAAUGCUGGUUUAUUAAUUAUUCAGAUCAAUACCCAGCAAAAUUCUGUCAGUGUACACAAUUGAGCUUCUUGCCGCUGUUUUGUUGAAACACGUGUCCACUGUGAUAGAAAUGAUGGUUUUAUUCAGAGGGAAUCCAUACACCAAACCAUUUGACAUCUGCCCACAAUAUUAUGACGUUUUAAGUAGACAAACAUGGACAUACAGGUGAGAUGAGUCAACAUUCAAAUCCGCAAACAGCUUAACAAGACCGCCUGACCUAUUUGCAUGUGUUCCUCUUAUUAGUCACUGUAGCUUUGUGUUAAAAUACGUAACAUUUGCACCAGUUUGGUUGAAAUUUAGGUUCUCUAUUCUUUGUAUCUUAGUAAACAGCAGAGUUAUUUGUCUGGAUAAUCAAAUGAAUACAGUUGUCAGUGUAAAAAGAUGUGAUGUGUUUAUUCUUUUAUUGGAGAUCACUGCAGCUUCAGAGGUUUAGAAACUCAACAUUUUUUGUUUGACUUCUUAAAAUUCUGAGUUCUAUCCUGUUUGAAAACAUCAUUGAUCCAAGAUUAACUUCAUCCAUGCACUAUGUGGCUUUUGAUUCCCCUUAAUAAAGCUUUUAUGGAUUUAUUACAUCAAAAACUUCCUUCAGUGAAAGCAGCAUUUAGACUCCUCAGCUGGAGUUCAACCGGCUUUAAUAAGAGACCAGUGUAAGAGUUUGUUCAUCAGUGCAUUGGUAGAGCUCAAAUACAUGACUGGACCUUGUAAUCAAAUAAUAAAACUUUAUUUUUUAUGACAUUCACAUUCCCAGGCUUCAAAAAGACAGAGUUUAAGAGAAAUCAUUCGACAGGCUCAAACAACACUGAUUGAAUUCAGUAAAAUAACUUGACAAGUAACAAAGAAAAUAUCUAGAGUUUUAUUUCAAUUUAUUUUUUAUUUUUUAACAUUAAUACAAAGUUUCCAAGCAUAUCUUUACUUAAAAAAUCCCUGUAAGUAUGAAAUGAUUCAUUGAAACCAUGCUUUAAACUGCACCUUUCCUUGGAAACAAUUAACACAGUGAGCAGCUGUCAGUCAUUUAGCGGUCAGAACUUUUUGUGCUCCCCCACAGUGGAGUCCCUGAGGGAGGACGCCCACCAUGUGAGAAUAUCUUGAAGAUUAGUGUGAGGGGGUCCAUCUCUCCCCAAUGAACACUAGAACAAGAGUCUGACCUCAGCACUGCCCCCCAUGUCACAACAUAUAUUCAUGUAAACCUUUGUAUAAGUCACAGUAACCAAGCCAUCACCCCCCGAUUACUUUUUAGACUAGACUCUAGACUUAGAUGUUUACAUUCUAUCGUUUGUGAGUUCUGCACAUUAUUGACUUGGGUUUCAUUAUUUGGCUGAAUUCCAAUAUCACAUUCAUUUGCUGUUGUUUUCACUCUAUGUAUUGUAAUGAAAUUAAAAGGGCAGGGGGUGCCGCGAAGAGUGAGCGAGAGAUGAGCAUAAAGAUGUGGGAAAAUGCUGCAUGCUCAAAUGUUGACUACCUGUUGCUAUGGCAAUGGGUUUGGAUCCUGCAGGCUGCAGGACUCUUGCUAUUUCUAAAUAAAGAUUUUUUUUUUCUCACUGAUCAGCGGAUGAAGAUCCUCACAGUUGAAACUAAUCUUCUGAAUUUUUACCAGUCUGUGUAAACACUGGUGCUCUGCUCUCUCAUACUUACGGCUAAAGCUCCUAAACAGCAGUUACAGGAUUAAAGAGGGGAUGAUACACAAUAGAGGACAUAUGCUCUGAUACUGCUGCAACAGUUUCUUACUGAAGGAAUCAAAUAUAAAUAAUUAAUAUUUGUAAAUGAAUCAUUACAAAGUGUAUAUCAGUCAUUCUGGCAUACACACUAUGUGCUUAUGACUAUAGAGUUGUAGAUUUUCAUUUGGCACUACUUACCAUGACAGCAUUUCAUCAGCUGCCAGAAAUUUAAAAAAAAAAACCUGCAAUUGAUCAAUCAAAUUUUUAAUGUCUUUUACCAUGUAGUAUUUUCCCGUGCUUGUGAAGAAUAAACCCUGGAUUUAUUUAUCAAAAUUUAAGGAUCAAAUACUCCUUGAAACAUGGUAAUAAAUCCACCCCCCUCGUUUGGAAAGAUCAAAAUAUCUUUGUGCAAAUGUGAUUUCAUUAUUCCAUAUAUGUCCUGCUAAUAAACUCUACAAAAUACAAUUGUACAGCAUGGUCUGAGUCUACAUCCCUCAAGUAAAACAGCUCACUGUUGUUUACUACCAUAAACUGCACUUUGUUUGUUUUCUAUCUGCAAGCAUACUGAGGUGUCUGCUUAAGGAUCAUAAGAGACGCGGAAAGAGCCUCUUGUUCUGCCCGUCUUUUGUCCUCACAUGCUGUCUAGUAACACAGUACCUUGGUCCCCCUGUGGGGGGAGCCUGUGUGUGCAGAAAAGAGGACAGAAAUAGGUGGUGAGACCUGAUAUUUGAUGCCCGUGAUGGGGACUUCCAUGCUUACCUCAAGUGGGUUUUGGGCCGUUUCUCAGACAACAUAUUUAGUCCUUUUCCUCCCACUCGAGGAUGCAGCAGAAGCAGCCAAGUCUAUUAAACAAACAUCCCUGUGUGCUUUCUGGGGCUCAGGCAGUUUAACCUGACAAAUAUACAGUAGAAAAAUUCUCUGGAAAAAGAUUCACGCUUCACAUCAAGUGACAUGAUAGCAGUCUCCAGGCAACAGGGAGUUAAUAUACAAUUAAUAAUAUAGAAAAAUAACCAUCUGUAAGUCCUGGACUAAGUGUUUUAUUUUGCUUUCAAACUGCAUUUUGUUUGAAUUUUCUCCUGAUAGUAUCACAGUUGUUUUUUUUAUGAGUAGUAUAACAUUAUGAACACUUACACCAGUUGUUGUGGGUGUUCAUGCUGUACUUACACAACAUUAAAAAGCUUCCUAAAAGUAGAAUUCAGAGCUGUUGUUUUGGGUUGCAUUAGGUUGCGCAGGUGUACAUGAUGUUUUAGCUGGUUAGUAAAUUUUUAUGAAUAUUUUUUACAUUUUUCUCUAGCUGUCAUGAACAAUUUGUAAAGGACAUGCCAGAAAUGACAUGUUUCUGUCUUUUUUACCAACUGAACUCCUUAUUAUGACAGUAUAUAUCUAAUUUGAUAUGAAUUUGGCAGAUUGGGUUAUAGAGAACGACCUAGAAUUGAAUGCAGUCGUAUGUUAAAAGAGAGUAUCCCAAGGACUGACAACAGAGCUGUGUUAGCAUUAAAUAUCUUUACUCUUUCUUGACAUAUUGUAAAUAUUACUUUGAACUAAACCUUUGUAGCUUUCCAAAAUCCUUAAUGUGACUUACUCUGUAUCUGAAUCAACAGGGAGGUGCACUCAAGGAUGGGCGGUUAGUUGGGAGGACCCUCACUGGUAAGUACUUUCCUCAAUCAAGCAUUCAAUUUGUGAUCUCCUCUUGAUUUAUUCUUAUGAAAUAAUUCUAUAUUAUACAAUAAAAAUAGGUUAUUCAUUAAGGUGGGUAGAAAUUCACCUUAUUAUUAUAAAAAUUGAAAUCAACUUAUCUCUGUGUUUGUUCAUGCGCAACACUAAAACUGCACUCAACUCUUUUAAGAGCCAAUCUGCUUUUAUUCUGAAGCAGCUAGUGUAACUGUUGUGACAAGCGUGGACACAGAGAGAUGGAAAGAUUAGUGUUUAUCAUCUUACAGUGUUAUUCAACUGAAAAAAAAACAUUCAUGGUUAUUAUUAAUAUGGUUCAAGAAUGCUGCAAGUCCAAGGUUAACAGACACAAAGUGAUCACUGGUUUAUUGUAGAGUAGAUAUCCACGUGCAUGAAGAGGAUGGAUUUUCUAAUCUUGGCUUUCUUGACUUUGAUUUUUGUUGAUUUAUUCUUGCAGACUACCAUCCUCCAUCUCCACCGUCUAAAACUGGUUUUCACCGCUACCAGUUCAUGUUGUUCGAGCAGCCUCCAGGCGCCCAGGUGUCGCUCACCGAGAAGGAGAACGCAUCCCGUGGUAAUGACCCAUCUCAAACCUUCAGUUCACAGCUGACUAAUACACAUAUCAUCCAUCACACACUAAUAGGACAACAGUUGGAUGUUUAACCAGUGAACACAAAGCUCGAACACUUCCUCUAGAUCACCCACAUAAUAAUCUUUAACAGUUUUUUUUUUUUGUUCUUUUUAAAUCAGGUACUUUUUAAUAUUUCUAUUUCUUGACUCUUCACAGGAAGUUGUGUCAUCUCUUGACACUCGAAUGAUUAAGGUAUUGCCUCAUGUGCUUGAGUGGGCUUAAUCCUUUAUUUAGAGUGACAUAUUUCCAUAUUAGGUUUUAACAAAUGUCUCCCUGAUUUUGCUGAAGCCGCUAUUAUUAGUGGUUUGAUUUAUUACAUAAGAAGUCAAGAAGACACUCGAGCCCCUUCUUUAAGCUCAGCUUUUAGUUUGUGGGUGUGUUUCCUGAAGACGUUUGGAGUGUCUCAUAAUUAUGGCCAUUAUGAAUAAUUAGCCUAAGCAUUUGGAGUUGCUUUUGGAGGAGAUCGUUUUCUUCAAGUGUUUAAGUUAACAAGGGAAAUGUUAAUGAGGUUAGUGAGUAAGUCUGCUGCAUUGUGAAUGUCUGCAGGGUCAAGAUGCACGGCUCCCACGCACACCUGCACGUGUCUGGUUGACCACAUCUUGUUAACCUCCACCAGACCUGAGAUCUGUGUCAGCCGUGUCAGCAUACAUGAACUCUGUACAUUCGCUCAUAACCUUGUUUGCUGCUAGUAUCCGCGGAUGGAUCUCUUAGUUUGUCUCUCAGAGGACAGUCAUGUUUGUCUUGUGGAGUUUUGUUUUUUUUUCUUUAGGCUCUCAGACUUUUCCUCCCCCUGAUCAAAAGUCUCUUGAAGGUGGGAAACUUCACCUCAGUAUACAGCACAGCACCUCACAGGAGGCGUGCCUGUCUGUCUGCUCUACUCGGGUCGCAGCUGGUGAUUUGCGGGGAGACUGGGGCGGUUCGAGACUUCAAGCUCCGCAGCCCUGAAUGUGCAGAGCUGCCAGUCUUUGCUGUUUGAAGUCUUGACAGCUAUGUCAGCAAACAAUCCAGGCAAAUUAGACUGAAAUCUGUUUGAUGUCGAAGCCCCUGGAAAAUGAAAUGUCAAAAGAGAUGUACUUCGGAGUAUUUUACAUACUCAAAAAACUUACUUUGGAGGAGAUAAGUUUUCAUCACAUUGUUAAAGAAUCGAGUGUGUCAGAACUGGUUAAGCAAAGAAGACUGAUACCGUGAAUAACAGAGUGCUGUUUAAAAUAUUUUAAUAUGUUUUUGUGGCAAAUGAUAAACUGGAGCAUUCUCAUUUUCUGUUCUGAUACAGUAGUUGCCCCCACAUUAUGGAGCGAUUGAACUGAGUUGAUCCACCCAUCCUUAAUCCGCUGGAUGAGUUUAACUCCCGCUGCUGUACUUCCUCUCUCCUGCACACUGCUCUCUCUAUUCAAAGGAAAUUGAAUUAAGAUAUUCACUCGCAGAUAAUCAAAUGUUUCAUUUGAAGGGUCGACUCUCGAAAGGAUAGCUGCCUUUGUAAAGAAGGUAAUGGAAAUAAACCUUGUGACUUAUUGAAAAGGACAGUCUGGUUAUAGGUUAUGAAUAUGGGGGAUACUUUAUUUGAUGGUAAAUGUUGUUUUAGAAAGAAUCAGCCAUGUACCUGCUGUAAUACUACCUGCUGCAUUUUUGGUGGGAUGAGCACGGUAUUCCCGCUCAGACAAGAGGAACAGAGGGAAUCCCAUGUCUCCCCACCUCCUCCGUUAAGUAUGUUCACUUAUUAGCGUCUGUCCUCCCUCCAUGUGGUUUGACACUGAGAGCAUUUUUCAUAGUCCAUGACAUUAAUUGAUGUGAUUUGCAAAGGGGAGAGCAUUUAGUCGUGGGUGGGAGACUCCUAAUGAUCGUUUUCCACUUCCAGUCGCUCAGUCAUUGACUCAAUUUUAUCGCAAAUUUGUUGUCUUUUUUCUUUCAUCUCUGACCAUCACUUGAGUAGUGAAGUGGGUGAACAAUGAGAGGUGGAGCUGAGCGGAGCUGCUGUGUGAGAUUCUGCUGAGCCUCCUGUGUUAAGGUUAUGAAUGUAGGUCAGUGAACUCAUGCAGACAGCUGGUUUGUUACACAAGAAACUACAGGGGGGCUUCACUCUUGGCACCGGGCACAGGGGUGUGAUCGAAGGGGAAUCCCUUUUUGCUCUGGCUCAGGAAGGCUGUCCCUCACUGAACGCUGCCCCCUGUGCCAGGGUGGGGGGCAGGCGGGGGCAAUACAGGCCCUCGUGAUACUUGUUAGCCACUUGGCAAGCCCUCAAUAUGUCCUGCUACUGUUUAGUGCCUGCGAGUCAGUUUGUCAAGGGAAACAGCGUUACAAAGCCAGGGAAGGAAAUGAUGAGGCCUUCAGAGAGGCUAACCAGAGUUGAUGCAACCUAUUUACACAAGUCCUCACUCACUUACACACAUACAGCGUAUAAAUCCAGUCCUUUGACCCUUUACUGGGACCUUCAUAAAGACAGAUCUGUAUGAAAAGUAUCGGCUAAAAACAAGUAUUAAAAAUAGAAAACAAAUCCUUUUUUUUUACAUUUCUCUGUUGUAAAUAACAAGCUAGAGGAUGUAUGUGACUCUCAUGUUCUGUGAAUGAACGGAUCACAGUGGAGUUAGCUGCUGGAUGCUGCACGUUGCUCAUCUUGCCUCCAAGAGCCCCUACUGCCAGCUCAGCACACUCCACAGUAAUUGAAGCCAUUUGCAAUGUUGCAGUGUGGUAAUGGGCAGAUCCAUGUCUACCACCCACCCACAGCCUCUACCAUUAAUCAGAGCUGCGUGGAGUCAAGAGAGCCAGGAUUUGGUUGCUACAGCAGGCCUGAGCUUCAGCCAGGAGUCGGCUGCCUUAAAGGAACACUUUGACGUGUUAAAUUUUGGCUGGUUCGGGUUUUUUUUUUUAGUUGUUGUUGUUCUUAUCUCAAAAACUGCUUGUGAGAUAUGAGGUUAAAAGUUUGUAAGAUUUUCCCAAACUUUCCUCAUUUAAUGCUGGUUUCAGAGUGAUAAUGCUGCUGAAAAAACAAAAAAAAAACAAAAACGGUAUACCCACCAUCGAUCCACAAGAGAAUAACCAGUUUAUUAUCUGUGAUACUUAAAGCAAAAAUGCCUGAUAUCCCCGGUUCCAGAUUUUCAGAUCCUUUUUUUUUUCGCACUGUUGGAUGGAUAAAAAAAGAAUUUUGUGAAAGUGCCUUGAAUUGUAGUCAAUUGUGAUUGUGUACUGGUAUUUUCGCCAUUUUCUCAAAAUGUAAUGAAAUAAUGGUUCAUUUACCGUCAUAAAAAUUAACACUGAUUCGUUUGCAAAAGAAAAAAAAAAGAAAAAAAAAUGUUAAUUGCAACAAUGAUAGUUUAUCAUUUAUCACGAAAAAUGGAAGUUGCAGGUGAACUAGCUAAAAAAAAAAAGGCCUGUAUUAUGUCUGGUGAGGUGAAAAAUGCAAACUGGUUAUAACUCAACAUGUGAUUAAUCUCUGAGGAGAAUUCUGGAGUCUUCAGGGAAGUGACAGCAUCUGCUGAUAAUGUAUGCUGCUAUGUUGACAGCAAUCUCAGAGCAAAAACACGCAGCCAAAUGCUGUGACACCUUUCCUUUACUCAGCCCCCCACACCCAUACCCAUAGCAGUUAUCCUCUCCGCAGACGCAUCUGAGAGCAUUACUUUCCUUCAGGCCAGAGGCAAUGACCUUUGCCCUCUAACGUCCACAAAGCACUAGCCCUACAUGAUAAUAGGAUUGGAUAAUGAUUCUGGAUGUGUAGUGAUAAAGCUCACAGAAGCUCUUCUACCUCAUCCGUCUCCUCUCACUCUCCUGUGAUGAACAGGAUCACUUGGUUUGGAGUAUUUUUGAGAGACUAUAAGAGGUUUAACAGGGACACCGCCCACACCACUAAAUGUAGCAGCUCUGUGUCACCUCACAGCAGUCCCGAUCUUCCUGCCAUACCCAGACGGAGCAGCAAGGUGGAAACAAAAGGGGAGUCAGGAAGACUUUAACAUCGCCCUCAGGUCCCACACUAUCUGUCCUUUCCAUGAGCAGACAGAUGGGAGAGGUGGAAACACGUCUCUGCACUACAAACACACACCAGCCUAUUUUAAGGUCACUUUCAAGUCAAGACAUUUGCAGGGUGGCAGCCAGCGUGAUAGCACCAGAUAUUGUGAAUUAGUCUCAUUUUGGAUUGCGCCCAAUGAUUGCACAGCUUUAGACAGGAUUAUGUGUGUAAAGCCUUACAAGCAGCGCCUGGUUUUGACUCUCUGAGGAUCGUUACAAUAAAAUGAUCUCCAGUGUGACAGCCUCUGUUAGAGGAAAUGUUGCUCUACACUGUGAGGUAGGUUCACUCGAUAAAAAAGGCAAAGUGGAAGUUUUACUAUCGCUGCAUGACUGCUUUAAGAGCAGAAUCUGUCAUGAACUAUAUCCUGAUAUUCAGUGUAAAGUUUGUCACCCAGCUGCCUCACCCCUCAGCUUUUGAGGGAGUUUAAGGAUCUGCAGAGGCGGUGAAUUAUCUCCCACUGGAGCACAGACCAGAGGGGCUGCCGGGGCCGUGCCCUACAAUACGGACAGGUCACCUGAUUCCAUUGCCCUCACUUGAUUAUCAGAGCCCUUUCUGCAGACAGCAUUCAGGUACUCAUCUGCUCACCUCCCCGUUAUUAUUCAUCAUUCUCCCCAGCUGAGCUCAAAGCCUGAUCUCAUGGUACAGACGGACACAAGGCUGCUAGGCUUAGAAGCUAAAUGUGUAGGGGGGACGAGGAGGCCAGCGAAAUCCCCACAUUAGUUGAGGUACAAUUUGUUAAUUUCAAAACAGAUACAACCAUAUUAUUUAAAAAAAAAAAAAAGCCGAAACUUGCAAUGAAAGUUUGUCGAAAAUGGAAAAAAAAUCUGUCUGAUUUAGCGCUGCGCUGAUAUGCAUGGUGGUUACAAAGUGCAUUUCUUCUCCCAGAUCUUUCCCUGGAUGCUGGAGGAAACAAAAUGUUGCUCCUUGAUGGCAAAAACAGCCACAGAGAAGGCCUGUAAAGCAGCCGUAUCCAGAGGUGAAAGCAGUAAUGUUUCUAUCCAGGCAGAAUUAGACCAGAGCCCUAACUGAAAGACCAUUCCCUCUUUGGAUCUGGAGCAUUUCAAUAGUUGGCUUUCUUUUCAAAAGAUUUACUUUCUUUCUCUUGAGCAUCUGUUAAUGUAAUUCCUGCACAUACGGAAAUACCAGAAUGUCAGCGAUUCCCUGGAUUACGCGGCACGGCAUUGUCUUCUGUACACCCAAACAUACACCCAUUCCCUCUAGUAUCUGUUGGAGUUUGCAAGUUUAAAGCACACAGGGUUUUGUUGCCUUGGAAAGAUAAUUGUGAAUUUGUCUUUUUUUUUCCUUAAGGGAGGAGAAGCUGCAGGGAAUCAGUGGUUGUCAAAAUCUAAGAAGUGAUAUUGUCAUACCAGCCGGAUGGCCGUCUGGUGUUUGUUUAAAAAGGGGAGGGAAGAAAAAAAAGAAACAGUCCAGGCGAUUGAAUCAUAUCUUCUUGCCAAUACGUCCUUGCGUUCCCACCUCCAUCAUUACAGCAACAUGUUUUAUUUUCAGCAGUGCUGUUCUCAGUGACUCACAUCCCAGAGCCAUGUGCUGCUCAGUUAGGCCUCAGAUCCCUUAAACACGGCCCGAGCGGUCAGGAGAAAUUAUGCUCCUGCUAUACACCAGAGAUUAUGCUUAGAUAGUGCUGAAUUUAUGUGGCAUAUUGUAAGAAGAAAAUAUGUUGUCUUGUAAACUUCUGGGGUUUAACUGCUUUAAGUUAUUUGAUCUGCAUUUUAUCAUAAUAUCAGACUAUAAAAACAGGUAUUGGGGAACUUUUAAUCUCCAAAUACAAAAUAAUACUAACAUUUCUUUGUGUUUGUGUCAUUCUCUCUACACAGGUAAAUGGGAUCUCUCUGCUUUCACCAAGAAGUUCGGUCUUGAAGCGAAAGUGGCCACCCUGCAGUUCCUCACCAAAAACUACAAGGACUGACAGAUCCUUAACAUCUGAAAUAUAGCGUUAAAGAAAUGUCUGUCAGCACAAUUCAAUAAAAUGAUUUUAUUCUUUACCUGAAAUAACAGCACCUUCAAAGCAUGCAACAGGCCAGCUGUCUUUGUUCUUAUCUUAUCACUCAGUUAGACAGAGAGUUCCUCUUUGUGUUGCGCCAGCUGCUGUUUUUUGAUGUUGCUCUGUAUCUGUAUCUCGCGGUCUGGAGCGAAGGAUUCAGGAGAUAGAUUUUGACCUCACUGGGGAUUUCUUAUUAGUUUCCGAACACUGUCGGCAAGAGGAGGAAGACGGCCUGAUAUCACAACUGUGUGGAAAAAAAGUUGACUCUAAUUCAGGGACGGAAACACGUCAGGGCCAAAAAAGGAAGUGGGAGGUGAAACCGAGACCGCAACACAGCCGGAUGCCGCAGUGGAACUUGAACCAAAAUACUCUGCAGAGUGACAGGGCAGAGGGGGAGGGGCUGCGAGGUCUGUGUUGUAUUGGGUGAAGGGAACUUGCUGUUUGUGUCAUUGUUUAUCAUAUUUCCAUUGACCACUUUUACUUCAGAUGGAAACACUGAGCUAAUUCAGGUUCUCGAUCGACUCUUUUAAAGUCAAAUCAGCUCUUAAACGUUUAAGCGUCCUUGACUGUAACUUUGGGACUAUGAACCAGUUUUGAACUGUGGACGGUUGCAUAAGAGGCCCACCUGGCAGGUCUGCAGAGGAUGCUGUGGAUAAACUUUUCAACCCUUUCACGAGGAGCUACUUUUCUGACUUCACUGGUCUUUGUAGAGGGUGGGUCAGAGUACCCCCCAGGAGGAGUAUUGGUUUCUAACCAGCAACUCUCCUCGGGGAGGGGUUUGUAUCAAUACCCUAGAUGUCUGAAAAAGGCUGGAUUUACAUCAGCCACUUUGAUGUCCUGAUGAUCAAUCUUUAGUUGGUGGUUUCAUUGACCCUAAUUUGGUGUCUCAUCAGUGGGCUCGGCAGGAGUAGGUAAUGGAGGUUUUUGUUCCUUUGGUGGUUAAGCCAGCCUUGGUAAACCCCUAUGUGCCCCUUCCAUGAACUCUGAAAGAUCAUUGAUCAGAUUGUCCUGCAUCUUCUUUGUUUGCCUCACCGACUUAGCAGUCUAAGCAGCCGCGUCCGCAAACAAAACAACCAAACAAUGCACACAAGCACACAGUGAGACAGACAGUCCACUGCUUUUUGAGCAGAUAUGAAGUAUCCGCCGGUUUGAAUAUCACUCUUGACCUUGAUUUACCCGUCUUAUAUGACUUAUGAAAUCACAUUUUGAACAAUUGGCAAGGGGAGUAUAAUUCCACACUCAUUGUGAGGCAUGCCAAGUGGGAGAGCAUUCUUCCAAAAACCACCUACUUGAAUCCAUCAGUACACCAUUGAAAUGCCAAGAUUUGUACUUCCAAAUACACUGUGCAUUUUUUCUCCUUUAUAUCGUGGAGAUAUCCUGCCAAAACAGCUGGGUUUUGCCACUCAGCUUCCUUCAAUGUGUUUAUUUUUACUCCAAAUGUCAGGAGAGUUGAAAUAUUCUGAUUAAGAAAAACUGACAGCUGUAGUUCACCAGUGCGCGCUAUAUUGCCUCGUCUGUAAAAAAAAAUAGAAAGAAGGAAAAAAAACUUCUCACAUCCCCUGAUGAUUCGAGAAAAGCAUUUAAUAUUUUCUUAAUUUAUUCAAGUUUACAUUAAUUAAAGGAAUUUGUAUAAUCAAUUCAAUAGCCUGACAGGCACUAAGUGAUCUAAUAUGCAUCUCGACUCGAGUCGCCAUUUGUCUUUUCUAUCUGCUGCUGAAGAGGAGAUGGGUUUCACUAGAGAUUCUCUGCUUUUCACUUGUUGUGUUCAGUGGUGAAAUAGAUUCAAGUGGUACAACUGUUUGAUCCGUGUCAGCAGUAUAGUCUGCAGAGCAUUUUGCUACUCCUUUUCUAUACAUUUGACCCCAACAUAUACUGUAGAUGCUGUCUUGUAAAAUCCUGCUAGAGAGCACCAGUUUAAAUAAAUCUACCUGGAUGUUUGAGUCCAACCUCUGAUUAAAAAAAAUCCACAUAAAUAUCCUUCCAUUAGGCUCCAUUAGAAGUUUGCUUACAUUCACAGGCAGGAACACAAAAUUGUCAAAUGUACCUUUUAAAAGGUGAAGUUUUCUGCCCUGGCCUUGUGUUUUAAAUGCAUGUUUUUAUCUCUUCCUCACUUUGAAAGAAGAAACUGAGAAUAUGCCAAUGGAGAGCAAUAGUUAUGAUGCCCAAUUCAAACCUCUGCAAGUUACUUGAUGAGGUAAUACCAUAAAAGCAUCUGCAUAUUUGAUUAUCUCUACUUUAUAAACUACACCAGCAUAGCCAUUGCAGUUAUACUUUCACUUUUGCUUUGACUUCAUGUGAAUUAUUCAUCACUGUAUAAGCACCAAAAUUGUAAUAAUUUGAUAUAUUAGGUCAUUUAGAGGCACUGAUAGCCUAGCAGACUUGGCAUGGGCAGGUGGCCCGGGUUCAAUACUACCCUAUAGCCCCUUUCCUGCGUCUCAUUCCCUGCACUCUCCCCUGUUUCCUGCUUAGUCCCCUGUCCUCCACCUGUCAUUAAAGGCCAAAAUUAACCUCAAUUUUAAAAGAAAUGAUCCAUAGGGGGGCGGCACAGUGGUGUAGUGGUUAGCACUGUCGCCUCACAGCAAGAAGGUCCUGGGUUUGAAUCCGGGUCAGGGCGUUUCUGUGUGGAGUUUGCAUGUUCUUCCUGUGUCUGCGUGGGUUUACUCCAGGUACUCCAGUUUCCUCCCACAUCCCAAAAACAUGCAGAAGUGGGGUUAGGUUAAUUGGCCACUUUCAAAUUGCCUGUAGGUGUGAAUGUUAGCGUGGAUGGUUGUUUGUCUCUAUAUGUCGGCCCUGCAAUGAACUGGUGACUUGUCCAUGGUGUCUCCUACCUUCAACCGAAGAUGCUGGGAUAGGCUCCCGUGACCCCGGGAACGGGAAUAAGCAGUAGAAAAUAGUUGGAUGGAUGAAGGUCCAUAGGGAGUUAUACUUAUUGGAAUUUUUUUUAUCGGCCAACUUUGAAAGUCCCUAUCAUGGGCAGUUGCGAGAAUAGAGAUAUAAAUGUUCAUCAUGGCAAAGGAGGCCUUUAAAUUUAGAGUAAUGUUAAAUAAAGGAAGUUACAGUCUGUAUAAUUUCCACUUCUUUCAAUAGUAGAGGACAAAUUUAGCAAUCCCAUGAAGCUUGGAAAAACAAACCUAAUUUGACUGUACAUCUCGAGUGCCUGGUGUGUUUUCCGCUGUGCUUUAUAACAAGGCUGCGCUUCCAUGGAAUCCCCAUAUGCAAAACAGCCAGGACACCGCAACCCGUCAACAAGCACUGCAGGCCUUCCCCAUGUGACCAAGCUCACAGUCGAGGAAAUAGGCCUGCAACAGGUAAAUGUUCCAGCUGAGCGAGCCAGCUUUCCAACCACAGAGCCACAAAAAAUACCUUCCCUGAGGAGGGACACCACUGUACAGUAAGUCCUCCUCCUGGCCUGAGGAGUUUCUCUCACUAGUUUGCAUCUUUGGACACGACAGUUUGGGCACCCUUUUUCCACAGAUCUCCCCGGUCUUUGUAACAGGAACAAAACACAACCUGAUGUGAUGACGUUGCAUCUUUAUCAAUCCAAAGCUCCUGUGGGGAGUUUUAGCUGGUUAUGAAACUAUGUUGUAGUGGUUUUAUAACUCAGGAAGUGACAACAUCAACCAUUAACAAGAACUGUGACAAUUUGUAUUAAGUUAUUUUUAAUUGGCAGGAGUAGGUGUUAGACCAAGUGUUUAAUUGUGUCUGAUAAAGUCAUUUUAACAGGUUAGUGGAAAAGAUUCCCCAUGAGUAAAACACUUGACUUUUAAAGA